CGACCAGCUGCCCUGAGCAGAGUCAGCGUUCCCAGCCUGGACGCCUCGGCUGGAGGGACUGCUGUUACGAGGAAAACUACAAAACUACACGGCGGCGUAGGCCUGUAGUUUUGUUUUUUUCUUUGGGGUUCCUUUGAGGCUCAACUGUUCCCCUUUUGGAUUUUCUGACUCCGUUUUCUGGAUAAAGAUUUUAGAUUUCCUGCUGAGCGCCCAAAUCUGGGCUUCCCAGGCAUCCUUGUCCAGACAAGGUGCCAGCCGACAUGUCAACACAAGCACCGACAUUCACACAGCCGCUACAGAGCGUCGUGGCACUUGAGGGUAGUGCCGCGACGUUUGAGGCUCAAAUUAGUGGUUCUCCAGUUCCCGAGGUGAGCUGGUUCCGUGAUGGCCAGGUUCUUUCCACCACCACUCUGCCAGGUAUACAGAUCUUGUUCAGCGAUGGCCGCGCUGUUCUGAGGAUUCCUGCUGUGACGGCUGCACACAGCGGAAGGUUUUCUGUUAGAGCCACGAACGGAGCUGGACAAGCCACAAGCACCGCUGAACUCCUCGUUACAGUGGAGACAGCACCUCCAAAUUUCCUUCAAAGACUUCAGAGCUUAACAGUGAGACAAGGCAGCCAGGUGAGGCUGGAUGUGCGAGUGACAGGAAUCCCGACACCAGCUGUUAAAUUCUACAGAGAAGGGGCUGAGAUUCAGAGCUCAGCCGACUUCAGGAUUCUCCAAGAUGGAGACCUGUAUACUUUGUUGAUCGCUGAAGCCUUCCCAGAGGACUCUGGGACAUAUUCUGUGACUGCCACUAACAACAGCGGACGGGCCACCUCCACUGCUGAAUUGCUAGUUCAGGGUGAGGAAGCUGUGCCAGCUAAGAAACUGAAGACUGUUUCCACAUCCCAAAUAACGGCUUCCCAGAGUCGAGUACAGAGGGUGGAGACUAGUUUCCAGGCCUCCACUAAGAGGGAGAUCCAUGCAGGGGAAGUAAUGAUCACUCAGCAUUUGGCUCACAAAACCCCCCCACGGGUUCCUCCAAAGCCGACCUCCAAGUCCCCGCCGUCCUAUGUUUCUAAGGUGACAGCAGGACGUCAGCAGUCCCCUUCGCCUGUCAGACAUGUGAAAGGGCCAACACCGACACCCGUCAGACCAGUGUCUCCAUCCACCAAACUGUCUGUUUCUCCCAUCCGACCAGUCAAGUCUCCCAUCAUGACCAGGAAACAGGUAUCCACCUCUGCAGAGGUUCUGCCACCCUGGAAACAGGGAGACUACGCGACUGAAGCGAGCUAUACCAGCAUGGCAAGCAUGACCGCUGUCAGCAGCACCACUCAACUUCAUAUGCAGAAGCACUGGGAGCAGCAGGUGGCUGCCACCAGAGAGGAGGUGGCUGCAGUGCCUACAAGAUCCCAGGAGCCUGUCGUUCCACCAACUCUUAUUGCUGGACUGAAGAACCUGACUGUGACAGAAGGCGAGUCAGUGACCUUGGAGUGCAAAAUCAGCAGUCACCCUUCCCCUGUCAUAAUCUGGUUCAGGGAGGACUACAAGAUCGAGAGCUCCAUUGACUUCCAGAUCAGCUACGAGCACGGAUUUGCCAGGCUGAUUAUUCGUGAGGCAUUUGCUGAAGACAGUGGCCGGUUUACCUGCACUGCCACCAAUGAAGCAGGAACUGUGAGCACCUCCUGCUACCUGCUUGUAAAAGUUUCAGAAGAAAUUGAAAGCAGAGAGGAAACAGCUGUCACAGAAAUUGCAAUCACACAAGAAAAAACUGUUGCAGCUGAAGCAAAGCUGCAGACGGUGACAGAGUUUAGUGCAGGAGAACCUGCAGCUCCAUUCUUCAUCAAGAAACCCACUGUGCAGAAGCUAGUGGAGGGAGGAAGUGUUGUGUUUGAAUGCCAGGUUGGAGGAAAUCCAAGACCUCACAUUAUCUGGAAGAAGAAUGGCGUGCUGCUUACCACUGGAUACAGAUACAAAGUUGCGUACAAGGAAACUGGAGAAUGUAAACUGGAGAUCUCAAUGACCUUUGCUGAUGAUGCCGGAGAAUACUCCAUCUUUGCUAAAAAUCCCCACGGAGAAGCUUCAGCUUCCACCAGCCUGUUGGAGGAAGAGGAAUAUGAAGCACAUAUGAAGCAGCACGAUGUAACAUAUAAAACUGAAGUGACUACAACAGUGGUUCAGGAACCCUCUGUGGUUAUGAGUCAGUAUGAAUUGGAACAGAGGAGGACAAUAACCCCGAUGAGCUUUGUCUCAGAAACGGAAUUCCUCAUUUCAGCCUUUGAGGAGAGGAUAAUACAGAAGAUCGAACUGUGUAUCAUGAGAAUUACUUACAAAGAGCUUGUGGCAGAGGACGGCGAGCUGGUAGUGACUAUAGCAGAUGAAGAGGCAGCGCAGCCAGCCUUUGACACACCAGUGAAAAACUACAGGAUCAUGGAGGGAGCGGGAGUCACUUUCCACUGCAAGAUGGUUGGAAACCCACUGCCAAAGAUUGCCUGGUACAAAGAUGGCCAGCGCAUCAGGCCUAGUGGGCGUUACCAAAUUGAAGUUCUUCAAGAUGGACGAGCCAGUCUUCGUCUGCCUGUGGUGCUACCAGAGGAUGAAGGCGUGUACACUGCUUUUGCCACAAACAUGAAGGGAAAUGCAGUCAGCUCUGGAAAGCUUUAUGUGGAGGCAUCCGAAGCUGUAACACCGCAGAGAUACACACCACAGCCAGCAGUACAGAGGAUAAGAUCUACAUCUCCUCGUUCUCUGAGCCGCUCUCCAGGGCGUUCUUCCAGCCGAUCUCCUCGGCGUUCUCCUGCCCGUCGAUUUGACGAAACAGAUGAGGCUCAGCUCGAAAGACUAUACAAACCUGUUUUUGUCAUGAAGCCCUCCUCAAUAAAAUGUUCUGAGGGGCAAACUGCCCGAUUUGAUUUGAAAGUUGUUGGCAGGCCAAUGCCUGACACAUACUGGUUCCACAAUGGACAACAAGUGAUCAAUGAUAACACACACAAGAUAGUGAUUAAAGAGGAUGGUACUCAGUCCCUGAUCAUUGUCCCAGCCAUGCCACAAGACUCUGGAGAGUGGACGGUUGUUGCUCAGAAUAGAGCUGGACGGGCAUCUCUCAGUGUAACUCUUACUGUUGAUGCUCAAGAAACCCUGGCACGUCCUCAAUUUGUUGAAAAGCUGAAAAACAUCACUGUAAAGCAGGGCACUCUGGUUGAGUUGGCUGUCAAAGCCAUUGGAAACCCCCUGCCAGACAUCGUGUGGCUGAAAAACAGUGACAUCAUCACCCCACACAAGCAUCCACAGAUAAAGAUUGAUGGCACCAAAGGAGAAGCCAAAUUCCAGAUUCCAUCUGCUUCAGGCUCAGACAGUGCCUGGUACACUGCUACAGCCAUCAACAAGGCUGGUAGAGACACCACUCGCUGCAGAGUCAAUGUUGAGGUGGACUUUGCUGCCCCUCAAACCGAGAGAAAGCUCAUUAUUCCGAGAGGAACAUACAAAGCUAAAGAGAUUGCAGCGCCCGAGUUGGAGCCGCUUCAUUUGCGAUACGGUCAAGAGCAGUGGGAGGAGGGUGAUCUUUAUGACAAAGAGAAGCAACAGAAACCACAAUUCAAGAAGAAGCUGACAUCUAUCAGAAUGAAGUGUUUUGGACCAGCCCACUUUGAGUGUAGACUCACUCCUAUUGGUGACCCCACUAUGGUAGUGGAGUGGCUGCAUGACGGCAAACCUCUGGCUGCUGCUAAUAGGUUGCAUAUGGUCAAUGAAUUUGGAUACUGCAGCCUUGAUUAUGAAGUUGCCUAUGCUAGGGACAGCGGUGUUAUUACUUGCAGAGCCACAAACAAAUUUGGAGUUGACCAGACCUCAGCCACCCUGAUCGUCAAGGAUGAGAAGGGACUUGUUGAGGAAACACAACUUCCUGAAGGCAGGAAGGGAGCAUAUAGGAUGGAUGAGAUUGAGCGCGUGGCUCAUGAGGGAGGACCUGCAGGAGUCGGCGCUGAUGAAGAAUCUGAAAAGACAAAGCCUGAUAUUGUCUUGCUUCCUGAACCAGCAAGGGUGCUGGAAGGUGACAUUGCACGAUUCCGCUGCAGAGUGACUGGUUAUCCGGCACCAAAGGUUAAUUGGUACCUCAACGGACAACUUAUCCGCAAAAGCAAGAGAUACAGACUUCGCUAUGAUGGUAUUUACUAUUUAGAGAUUGUUGACAUCAAGUCCUAUGACUCAGGAGAGGUUAGGGUGGUUGCUGACAAUCCUUUAGGAACAGCUGAGCACACAGUAAAGCUAGAGAUCGAGCAGAGGGAAGACUUUAGAUCUGUCCUGCGUCGUGCACCAGAACCAAAACUUGCAGAGGCUACACACGAGCCUGGCAAGAUUGGAUUUGAUAUUGUGAAGAUGGACCGACCUAGUGAGGCUUCACAAGACAGGGAAGUGGUUAAGCUGCGUAAAACACAGAGAAUUGUUCAUGAGAAAACUUCAGAGGAGUCUGAAGAACUGAAGAGCAAGUUCAAGCGCAGAACAGAGGAGGGUUUCUAUGAGUCUAUUUCUGCUGUAGAGCUUAAGUCUCGCAAGAGGGAUGACUCUUAUGAAGACCUAUUGAGGAAGACUAAAGAGGAGCUGCUCCAUCACAUGAAAGAGAAAGAAGAAGCUGAAAGGAAGAAGAUGGAGGAACAGGGUAAAGUCACUAUCCCCACAAUAAAACCUGAACGGGUCCUGCUCUCUCCCAGCAUGGAAGCACCCAAGAUCCUGGAACGCAUUGCAAGCAAGACCGUUGCUCCAAUGGAUGAGGUUCGUUUCAGAGUCAGAGUAGUUGGUAGACCAGAACCUGAGUGUCAGUGGUUCAAGAAUGGCAUUCAGCUGGAAAAGUCUGACCGUAUUUACUGGUACUGGCCUGAGGACAACGUAUGUGAAUUGGUCAUAAGAGAUGUCGAAACACAAGAUUCUGCUAGCAUCAUGGUUAAGGCUAUUAAUAUUGCUGGGGAGUCCUCAAGUCAUGCCUUCCUGCUUGUACAAGCCAAGACAGCAGUUAGCUUUACCCAAAACUUGGAGGAUGCGAGCGCCAAGGAGAAGGAUACCAUGGUGACCUUUGAGUGUGAAACCAAUGAACCCUUCGUCAGAGUCAAAUGGUUUAAGAACAACAUGGAGAUCUUCUCAGGAGACAAAUACAGAAUGCACUCUGACAGAAAAGUCCACUUCCUGUCUGUGCUAAUGAUUGAAAUGAGGGAUGACGCAGAAUACACCUGUGUGAUUUCAGAUGAUGAGAACACGAGAACCAGUGCAAGGCUUCAUGUGGAAGGUGCUGCUCUCGAGCUCAUCAAACACAUGGAGAACAUUGAGGUACCAGAAUCCUAUGCUGGCGAGUUUGAGGUCGAGUUAUCUCGUGAAGAUGCUGAGGGCAGCUGGCUCUUUGGAGACAAAGUUCUCUCACCCAGCAAUAAAUACAUCAUAUCCUCACGUCGAGGAAGACACACUUUGUCUGUCAAGGAUGUCAGGAAAGAGGACCAGGGAAAAUACACCUUUGUAUGUGGAGAUCUGAAGACCAGUGCCUCACUAAAAAUGAAACUGCGUCCAGUGACACUGAUGCAGCCCCUGACUGAUCUGAUAGUCUGUGAGGGUGAUAUUGCUCAGCUGGAGGUCAGGUUCUCCCAAGAGAAUGUUGAGGGAACCUGGAUGAAGAAUGGCCAGGCCAUUUCUGCCUCAGAACGUAUCCACAUUGUCAUUGACAAGAUGGUUCACAAGCUGCUGGUGGAGAAUGUCAGCACAGAAGAUGCUGCCUUGUACUCUUUUGUGGUUCCUGCCCAGGACAUCUCCACCUCAGGCAAACUCAGUGUUCAAACUAUCGACAUUGUAGUGCCACUGAAGGAUGUAUCCUCAAUUGAAGGCACAAAGGCUGUCCUGGAGGCUAAGAUCUCUGCCCAGGACAUCAGCUCUGUCAAAUGGUACCAUAAUGACAAACUGUUGACACCCAGUGACCGAAUCCAAAUGGUGGCAAAGGGAGCAAAGCAGCGGCUGGUCUUCACCAGAACCUUUGCAUCUGAUCAGGGUCACUAUAAACUAGUUGUUGGCAAGGUUGACACCAGCUGUAGCCUGACUGUUGAAGAGGUACACAUUGUGAAACACAUGGAGGACAAAGUGUGCUCAGAGUCCCAGAAUGUGACGUUUAAUGUUGAAGUCUCUCACCCUGGAAUUGACUCAAUCUGGACAUUCAGGAACCAGCAAAUCAAACCUGGACCCAAGUCCAAGAUUGAGUCCAAGGGAAAGGCUUACUCUCUGACAGUCAUUGACGCCAUGAAAGAUGAGGAGGGCCAGUACAUGUUUCAUGCUGGUGAAAAGACAUCUAGUGCCAAGCUUACUGUCUCUGGUGGAGCCAUUACACGGCCCCUGCAGGAUGUGACAGUGGCGGAGUCUCAGACUGCUGAGCUUGAGUGUGAAGUUGCAAAUGCCAAUGCUGAGGGCAAGUGGCUUAAGGAGGGCCAGCCCAUUGACUUCAAUGAGAAUGUGGUGAGUGAGGUGAACGGGGCCAUCAGGCGCCUCAUCAUCAACAUUACCAGGCCACAGGAUGUCGGAGAGUAUACCUACCAGGUGGCCAACUCCAAAACUACAGCUAAUCUCAGGGUGGAGGGAGUGAAGAUCAAGAAAACUCUGAGGAACCAGACUGUGACGGAGACCCAGGAAGCAGUGUUCACGCUAGAGCUCACACACCCAGAUGUGAAAGGAUCCCAGUGGAUUAAGAAUGGGGUGGAACUCCAAAACAGCGAAAAGUACGAGAUCAUCUCCAGUGGCGUGGUCCAGACGCUGAAGGUGAAGGACUGCAACAUACAGGACGAGUCUGUUUACUCCUUCAAACUUGGAAAACUUUCUGCCAAUGCCAGACUCAACGUAGAGAAAAUCAAAAUCGUGAAGAAGAUAAAAGAUGCAACGUCUCUGUUGGAUGGCACAGCCUCCUUUGAGAUGAGCCUCUCACAUGACAACAUCCCUGUUAGGUGGAUGUUUAAAGGUUUGGAGCUGACGUCAAGUGAGAAGUGCAAGAUUCUGUCUGAGAGGAAAGCACACAAACUGAUCCUGAAGAAUCUGGACAGCAGCGAUGCAGGAGAGUACGUGGCUGUGGUUGGACACUUGCAGUGCAGUGCCGUGCUCACCGUGGAGGCUCUGCAGGUCACUAAACCCAUGAAAAGUGUGGAGGUACCAGAGACUCAAGUGGCCACAUUCGAGUGUGAAGUCUCCCACUUCAAUGUGCCGUCCACCUGGCUGAAGAACGGAGUGGAGAUUGAGAUGAGUGACAAGUUCAGGAUUGUGGUUCAGGGAAAACUCCAUCAGCUGAAGAUCAUGAACACCAGCAGAGACGACUCUGCAGAGUACACCUUCGUUUGUGGCAACGACCAAGUGUCUGCAACACUUACCGUCAACCCGGUUCUGAUCACCUCCAUGCUGAAGGACCUGAAUGCCCAAGAGAGAGACACUAUCACCUUUGAGGUCACCGUCAACUAUGAAGGCAUCACGUACAAAUGGCUGAAGAACGGUGUGGAAAUUAAGUCAUCGGACAGGUGCCAGGUCCGCAGCCGGCAGCUUACGCACUCCCUCACCAUCCGAAAUGUUCACUUUGGAGACGGGGGAGAGUACAAGUUUGUGGCUGGCUCUGGUGCCACCACUGCUAAUCUCUUUGUUGAAGCUCGUGUGAUUGAAUUCACCAAGAAGAUCAAGGACAUAAAGAUCACAGAGAAGAAGAAGGCGGUUUUUGAGUGUGAGGUUUCUGAGCCAAACAUCCAGGUGAUGUGGAUGAAGGAUGGUCAGGAGAUGGACAUGUCUGAGGAAAGGUAUAUUGUGACAGCAGAGAAGUAUGUUCACCGCCUCGUGAUCCAGACGGUUCGAAUGUCUGAUGCUGGGGAAUAUUCAGUGGUAGCUGGAUCAAGUGUCUCCAAGGCCCGGCUCACUGUGGAGGGUCGCGACAUUCGGAUCUCGGAACCUCCUGAGCGGGAAAUUACGGUUCUGGAGAAACACCGUGCAACCUUUGAGUUUGAAGUGAAUGAAGAAGAUGUGGAGGGUCACUGGCUGAAGAAUGGUGUGGAGAUCCAGUUCUCGAUGGAAGACAGAUUUAACUAUGUGACCAUCAGGAAGCUGCAUCGCCUCACCAUCUCAGAGACCUACAGGAGUGAUGCUGGGGAGUACACCUUCAUCGCUGGCAAAAAUAGAAGCACCAUGCAGCUUCGAAUAAACAUCCCUGAGCCUCCUCAGAUCCUUCGCCACAUGGAGCCCCAGUCGGUGGAGGCUGGAAAACCAGCUCGCUUCUCAGUCCAGGUGAGCGGUGUUCCCCAGCCUCAGGUCUUCUGGUACAAAAACUCCCAGGCUCUCUCCGCUGGCUUCAAGUGCAAGUUCCUGCACGAUGGCAACGAGCACACACUGCUGCUCAUCGAGGUCUUUCCUGAAGACGCUGCUGUCUACACCUGUGAGGCCAAGAACGAGUAUGGCACUGCCACAAGCACUGCAACACUCAAUGUUGAAGUUUCAGAGGUGGUUUCUCCAGACUCCCCCGCUACUGUUGCUCCACCUGUCAUCAUCUCACCCAUUGCCAGCACUUCAGCCUGCGAGGGUGCACCAGCUUGCUUCCAGUGCAAAGUCCGUGGAGAUGAUGUGAAGAUAAGCUGGUUCCACAAGAAAAAGGAAGUCAAACAGUCCGAAUUCUUCAGGAUAUCUCAGUUUGAUGACAGCUGUCAGCUGGAGAUCUCCAGGGUUUAUCCAGAGGAUGACGGCGAGUAUACCUGCAUGGCCACAAACAAUGGAGGGACAGUAUCCUGCUCUGCAACUCUUACAUUAGACGUGACUCACGUGAGAGAGCAGGCUGAAACCAAGACUGAGCUGGAAGUCAAAGUGCCCCCUGUCUUUAGGCAGAAAAUCACACCUCUGGAGAUAAAUGUCGGCAGUCACACCAAGUUUGAAUGUGAGAUUGAAGAAGCUCCAGACGUGACAUUCAAAUGGUACAAAUCUGGCACCGAAAUCAGACAGAGUGAAAAGUAUCGGAUCAUCAGCUGCCACACUAGUUCCACUUUAGAGCUCCUGAACCCUGUCAAAGCUGAUAGUGGAGAAUACACCUGCAAAGCUUCAAAUCAACACGGCACAGACAGCUGCACUGCCUCGCUCAUUGUCACCGAGAUGUACCCACCAGUAUUUGUAUCAAAACCAGACCCAAUGACUUUAUAUGUGGGAAAACAAGCUGUGUUCCAGUGCUCACUUACUGGAUCCUCGCCUAUGGAAGUUGUCUGGCACAAGGACAACAUAACAAUUUCCUCUGAAAGGAACUAUGUCAUGAAAUGUGAAAAGAACAAGUAUUCCCUUCACAUUAAAAGUCUUGAACUGACUGAUCAGGGAGUGUACCUGUGCAAGGCUUCCAACAGUGUUGGUGUAGCUACUUUUGCAGUAGAACUCAAGGUUAUUGACAAGCCCCGGUUUGUUACGGUCAUUGAGCCAGUAUCUGCAGCUGUUAAUGACCCACUGAGGCUGGAGUGCCACGUGAAUGAGGACACUGGUGUGGCUGUCACCUGGACCAGGGAUGGCAAAAAAGUCCACCAGAGUAUGGAGUGUAAACUGUCCUUUGAGGACAAGGUCGCUGUUCUGGAGAUCCCCAAGUCCAAACUAAAGGACUCAGGGAAAUAUGUAUGCACAGCUGCAAAUGAGGCUGGCAGCUCCUCCUGUGAGGCUGUGGUAACAGUUCAAGAGCCCCCUGCCUUUGUGAAGAAAAUGGAAUCUAAGCUUACAUGGAAACAGGGUAUAGCUGCACGCUUACAAUGCACAAUCAAAGGAUCGCCUGAACUUCACAUCCAGUGGUUCUGGAAUGAAAGAGAGCUGAGUAAUGGAGACAAAUAUAAAAUAUCUUUCAAGACUGGAGUUGCUACUGUGGAGAUAAUGAACCUUCUGGUCACAGACAGUGGCAGAUACACCUGUGAGGUAUCAAAUAAUGCUGGGAGUGAAAGCUGCAGUACUCUUUUAGCUGUUAAAGAGCCACCGUGCAUUAGAAAAGACCUGCAGACAGUAGAGGCAGUGAAGGGAGCAGCUGCUCACCUGGAGUGCGAGGUCACAGGAACAGCUCCUUUUGAAAUCACUUGGUUAAAAAAUAAGAAACCCAUCACCAGUGAUCAGAAGUAUAAAUUGAUUUCCCAAGAUUCGAUAGCAAGGCUGGAGAUUCAAACAUUUGACACUACAGAUAUUGGAGAUUAUCAGUGUGUCAUAUCAAAUGAUGUGGGAAAAGUCACCACUAAGGCUAUGGCUAAACUUAAAGAUCCACCAACUUUCUCAAAAAGGGUUGAGAGUGUUACAGCAGUCUUGGGAAAUACAGUAAAACUACAAGGAAUGAUUAAGGGUUCAACUCCCAUCACUGUGAAAUGGAUAAAAGACUCCAAGAUGCUAAGAGAUGACGAUCCAAAUAUCAAGAUGGUUUUUGAGAACGGUGUUGUUAGUUUGUCGAUAACAACAGUUGCCAUCAGCCAUGGUGGCAAGUAUUCAUGCCAAGCGGAGAACGAGGCUGGGCAACAAAAGUGUGAAGCGAUCUUGACUGUGCAAGAACCUGCCAGGAUUGUAGAGCCUGCAGAGUCCAUUAGUGUGACGGCAGGGGACUCAGCCACAUUGGAGUGCACAGUCUCUGGAAGCCCAGAUCUCAAAGUGAAGUGGUUUAAAGAUGGGAAGGAGAUCAUUAGUGGCCGUAAAUAUAAGAUGACUCUGAAGGAUAAUAUUGCCACCCUGAAAAUUCUUACUGCAGAAAAAGGAGAUACUUCAGAGUAUAAAAUGGAAGUGGCGAAUAAAGUUGGGAAAGACCAGUGCACGUGUUCAGUCACUGUCUUAGAUCGGAUAAUGCCUCCAGCUUUCACCAAGUCGCUGAAAAGAGUUGACGGUAACAUUGAUAAUCCUGUCUCCAUGGAUUGCAAGGUGUCUGGGUCACAGCCCAUGACCGUGACUUGGUUCAAAGACGACCAGGAGAUUGUUUCUGGAGACAAAUUCCAGCCUGAAUUUAAAGACAGCUCUGCUAUAUUGAGAAUCAUGUGGCUAGAAAAGGCUGACUCUGGUGUUUAUAAAUGCAGAGCCACCAACUCAGCUGGCUUUAAAGAAACCAGUGGCACGCUCUAUGUGAAAGAACCCCCAGCGUUCACAGUGAAACCACACGACCAGGAUGUUAUUCCAGGAACUACAGUUUCCUUAAGAACAGCAUUCACUGGAACAGCUCCUUUAACUGUGAAGUGGUUCAGGGAAGAAAAAGAGAUAAUUACAGGGGGCACUUAUUUCAUUAAAAAAGAUGCCUCUUCAAGCUCUUUGGAGCUUCACUCUGUAAAGCCCACUGAUACCUCGAAAUACACGUGCGAAGUAUCCAAUGAUGCUGGGAAGGUAGACUGCACAGUAGUCCUCUUUGUGAAAGAACCUCCCGUGUUUGUGAGGAAACCCGAGGCAACCAAACUCAUCACCAGUGGUGACUCUGCCGGGCUGGAGUGCAAAGUAACUGGCAGCCCAGUCAUCAGUUUCAAAUGGUUCAAGGAUGAAAUGGAGAUCAAUGCCAGUUCUAAAUACACAAUGAGCUUGAUCGACUUGAUGGCAACUCUAGAAAUAGCUAAUUGUACAGUGGAGGACAGUGGAGAUUAUGUCUGUGUGGCAUCAAGUGAGGCUGGAAGUGACCGUUGCACCUGCACAGUUAUAGUCAAAGAACCACCAUUGUUUCUGCGUAGCUUGGAGCACAAGGACGUGGUAAAAGGUUCUGAGCUGACGCUAGAGUGCCAAGUCUCUGGUUCUGCUCCUUUUACUGUGUCAUUUUAUAAAAACUCCAAAUUGAUUCGGAACGACAAAAGACACAGGAUUACUGUGAAAGAGGACCUGCUAGCACUACAGGUUCUGGCAGUAGAAACAGGAGAUGUUGGUUUGUACCAGUGUAGUGUUGAGAAUGAAGUGGGAAGGGCCUCCUGUGAUUGUCACGUAACGCUAAAAGAACCACCAUCAUUUGUUCGAAAGCUGGAGAACCUCAGCUCAUUGGCUGGCAGCGAGGUUUCUCUCAUUUGCAGUCUGAAAGGCUCUGAACCCAUAUCUGUGGCCUGGCUAAAAGACAACCAUGAGCUCAGAGAGGCUGAAAACAUUCAGAUUACAUAUGAGAACAAGACUGCGCUACUGCAGAUCACCAACUUACAGAGCAGUCACUGUGGUAAAUACUCUUGCCAGGUGCAGAAUCAGGCUGGCAGCCAGACAUGCUCUGCUGUGCUGACAGUCAAAGAACCAGCAAAAAUCACAGAAGAAGUAAAGUCUAUCAGUGUGACUCAGGGGGAUCCAGCUACUCUGGAAGCCAGGUUCUCAGGCACAAAACCCUUGAAAGUCAGAUGGCUAAAGGCUGGCAAGGAGCUGACCUCAGGCCAGAGAUAUAAAGUACAGAGCAAAGAUACCAGUUCUGUGUUGAAGAUUAUUAAAACUCAGAAAAGUGACGGUGGUGAAUAUAUCUUUGAGGUUUCAAACGAUGUUGGACAAAGUUCAUGUGAUGCCACACUCACCAUUCUCGAUCAAAUAAUUCCUCCGUCUUUUACAAGAAAACUGAAACAGACAGAAGGUGUCAAAGGAUCAUUUGCGCAUCUGGAGUGUCUUGUGUCUGGUUCUCUUCCAAUAACCAUACAGUGGUACAAAGAUGAGAAAGAGAUCCAAACCGAUGACAAACACAAAUGCACAUUCUUUGAAAAUGUUCCAUUUCUAGAAAUCUCCAAUCUUGAUACUAAAGACAGUGGCAAUUAUACCUGCAUUGCUACAAAUAAAGCAGGAACGGUCCAGUGCUCUGGAGUCUUAUUUGUGAAAGAAUCCCCAUGCAUUCUUGAAAAACCUGAAUCCAUAAAUGUUUUGCCUGGCUCAAAAGUCCAAUUUAGUAUACUGUUCUCUGGCACACCACCACUCACCACCAAAUGGUUUAAAAACAAUAAAGAGAUCCUGUCCAGUGCUGACUGGUCUGUGAUCAAAGAUAACACCUCGAGCACACUGGAACUCUUCUUUGCAAAAACCACAGAUUCUGGAGACUAUGUCUGCCAAAUACAGAACGAUGUUGGCUCCGCUUCAUGCCAAGCAACACUCUUUGUCAAAGUGCCUCCAAAGUUUACACAGAUCCCAGCCCGUGUGUCUGUAGUUUGUCCUGGUCAAAGUAAGGUUUUUGAGUGCCAGGUGACCGGCACACCAGAGAUUGACAUCUACUGGUUCAAAGAAGGCUCUGAAAUCAGCCCAACUGAUCACUAUAAGAUGGCCUUUGUCAACUCUGUGGCAACACUGGAAGUCUGUGGGGCUGAGGUUAAACAUAGUGGGCUUUACUAUUGCGAAGCUCGUAAUGAAGCUGGCAGUGAGAGCUGCAGCAUGGAGCUGAAGGUUAAAGAACCACCAUCAUUUAUUAGAGAACUGGCUCGAGCUGAUGUUGUGAAGGGCUCCACUGCCAUUUUAGAAUGUCAAGUUGCUGGGACGGGUCCGUUUGAGAUAACAUGGCACAAAGAUGGAAAGGAGCUCAAACCCAGUGCUAAACAUGCCUUCUCUCAGUUAAAUGACACUGUGUGUCUUGAAGUGCACAAAUGUGAUGCUGUAGAUAUUGGUGAAUAUCAGUGCACUGUUGCUAACGAGGUGGAAAGCUGUACUUGUAAGACUACACUAAGCCUCAAAGAACCACCAACAUUCAUCAAGACAAUUGAGAACACUGCUAUUGUUCUGGGUAAAAUGGCAGAGUUUCAGUGCAUUGUGAAAGGCUCUCCCAUCAUCUCUGUACAGUGGAAAAAAGAUGAGAAUUGGAUAUUGGAGGAUCCAAAGAUUCAGAGAACAUUUGAAAACAAUGUGGCUACACUCCGGAUUCCUGCCUGUGAGGCGAUACACAGUGGCAAAUACACCUGCCAGGUGGUAAAUGAGGCUGGGCAGGAUAAGUGUUUUGCCACCCUCACAGUGCAAGUGCCUCCGCAGAUCACAGAGAAACCUGAGGUGGUAAAGGUUACAGUUGGAGAUCCAGUCAGUCUGGACUGUAAGGUUACAGGCUCCCCUGAACUCAGGGUGAAAUGGAUGAAAGAUGGCAGGGAACUCAAGUCAAUCAGGCAGCACAAGCUGAUCUUUGAGAACAAUAUCAGCAGCUUAAAGAUUCAGGCUGCGCAGAAGGAGGAUGAAGGAGAGUAUGUCUUUGAGGUGGUAAACUACAUCAGUAGCUGUACCUGCAAAGUCAAGCUAAUUGUAUUAGAGCAAGUAAUUGGCCCAAGCUUCAUCAAACCCCUGGUAGACAUGCACGAGAUAUUGGGGUCCUUUGUUCAGAUAUGUUGCAAAAUAUCUGGUUCUCUCCCCAUCUCUGUGGAAUGGAAGAAAGAUGGAACCAAAAUCUCUAGUGGUCUAAAACACAAGCUCAUUCAGCAGGACAACUCUGUGUCCAUUGAAAUUGAACAGCUAGAGAGAUCUGAUGCAGGGUUAUACUCUUGCAAACUGACUAACACAGCAGGAAGCUGUGAAUGCAGUGGGUCCAUCGCGGUCAAAGAACCUCCAAGCUUUGUGACAGUGCCCGAGUCGCAGACAGCUCUACCCAAAGCCACUGCACGCUUCAAAGGCACUUUUAAGGGAACUCCUCCCUUCACAGUCAAAUGGUUUAAGGAUGACACAGAGCUUAUGACUGGGCCUACUUGUUUAAUAGGGCUGGAUGGGCUGUCCUGUUUCUUAGAGCUCUAUUCAGUGGGUGUCACACAGAGUGGAGUCUACGCUUGCCAAGUCAGCAAUGAUGCUGGCUCCGUACACUGUAGUGCAAACCUGACAGUAAAAGAACCACCUGAAUUUCUGCUGAAACCCCCUGCCAAUAAGUUUGUGAAGCAGGGUGAGUCACUCCGCCUGGAGUGCAAAGUCAGUGGCACAGUCCCUCUGAAAAUUACCUGGUACAAAAACGACACCAAAGUUACAGACGGUGGCAACUACAGGACGUCCUUUGUUGACUCAGUAGCAGUGCUAGAACUGGUCUCCACUAGUUUUGAGGAUGAUGGAGUUUACACCUGUGAGGCUCAGAAUGAUGCUGGCAGUGUGAGCUGCAGCACUACACUUACCAUUAAAGACCCCCCAUCUUUUGUCAAAAUACCCCAGCCUGUUGAAGGGCUGAAGGGUAAGGACGUAAGUUUGUACUGCGAGAUGAGUGGUACAGCUCCAUUCCAGAUCACCUGGUUUAAAGACAGGAAACCUCUCAUGGAGAGCAGGAAGUUUAAGCUGGUGAGCGAGGGCAGCUCAGCCACACUGCAUGUCAUUGGAAUAGAGCCCUCAGACGCCGGCGAAUACGAGUGCAAAGUGUCAAACAGUGUAGGAAGCGAUACCUGCCACACAUCAAUUAAACUCAGAGAGCCACCAUCAUUUGUGAAGAGACUGUCAAACAUGACAGUGAUACUGGGAGGGGAGGUGACCCUUGUGGCCACUGUUAAAGGCUCUGAACCCAUUACUGUGUCCUGGGUUCAAGACAAGGAUCACAUUCUCAGGGACAGUGACAACAGGAAAAUCACCUAUGAAAACAACCAGGUGGCAGUUAAAAUCUUUAACGCUGAUGCAACUACGGCAGGCAAAUAUACCUGCCAACUCAGAAACGAUGCUGGGAGUGUGGAGUGUUUCGCUAACUUGACUGUUCUAGAGCCUGCUAAAAUAGUGGACAAGCCCGAUGCUCUGAGUGUGACGGCAGGUGAUAUGGCUGCCCUGGAGGUCAAAGUGUGUGGAACCCCAGAGCUCAUACCCAAGUGGUUCAAAGAUGGUGCUGAGCUGGCUUCUGGUAGAAAAUACAAAAUCUCAUUUUCCCGGAUGAUUUCCAGCCUGAAUGUGCUGUCUGCUGAGAAAGUUGACUCUGGAGAAUACACAUUUGAGAUUAUGAAUGAAGUUGGGAAGGACCUGAGUAAAAUCAAUCUCACUGUUUUAGAUAAGACAAUUCCUCCAACAUUCUCACGGAAACUGAAAGACUGUACCACUGUUGUUGGAAAACCUUUAGAAAUGGAGUGCAAAGUGUCAGGCUCAUCUCCUUUUACCAUUUCAUGGUACCACAAUGACGAGGAGAUAAAGAGUGGGCCAAAUUAUGAGAUUUCAUUCAGUGACAACAACUGUACACUAAAGGUGCUCACGCUGAAGCUGGCUGACUCUGGAGCGUACAAAUGUAAGGCUGUCAACAAGGCAGGAACCACAGAAACUACAGCCUUCCUGGUUGUUCGAGAACCUCCAACUUUUGUGGUGCCACCGCAGCCAGUGGAGGCCAUGCCAGGCUCUAACGUGACGUUCUCAGCCAUGGUGAAAGGCAGUGCCCCUCUCAAACUCAAGUGGUUCAGAGGGACAAAAGAGAUCGUAGCUGGACAUGGCUACGAUUUCUCCCUGGAUGAUAACAAAGUUCUUUUAGAGCUUUACAACGUGGAUAAAUCUCAUGCUGGAGAGUACACCUGUCAGAUCAUUAAUGACGCAGGAAAAGAAAGCUAUCCAGUGAAUCUCACUGUCAAAGAGCCAGCAACUUUCUCAAAGAAGCUGAAGGACAUAUCAGUUGAGAAGGGCAAACCAUUAACUCUGGAGUGUACAUACACGGGCACCCCCAUGAUCACUGUGAGCUGGUACAAAGAUGGCCAGCAGAUCUUUGCUUCAUACAAAUACAACAUUACCACAACAGAAAGCUCCUGCAUCUUAGAGUGUCUCAGCACUGAUGACAAGGAGGCUGCAGGAAGAUUCUGCUGCCAAGUGUGCAAUGAUGCUGGGAAAGACACGUGUGAGGCAGUGGUUUCUAUCCUCGAGCCACCAUAUUUUACUGAGUCACUAGAGCCCAUGGAGGUGACAGCUGGAGAUGCUGUUUGUCUGAAAUGUCAGGUUGCAGGCACACCUGAGAUCAAAGUGUCCUGGUUCAAGGCUGAUGGCAAAGUCAGGUCUAGCCCCACCUGCAAGCUGGAGUACACAAAGGGUGUUGCCUGUUUGAAGCUAAGUAAAGCCACCAAGUCCGAUAUCGGAGAGUACACCUGCAAGGCAGAGAACAGGAUUGGCUCUGCUUCCUCCAGCUGCAGACUCAAUGUGCUAGAAGCUAAAACGCCACCAUCUUUCCCAAAGAAGAUCACCAGCCUACAGCAAACUGAGGGCCAGCCAGUGCGCUUUGAGUGCCGCGUGGCUGGCUCAUUGCCCAUUGAGGUGUCCUGGCUGAAAGACGGCAAACCUCUGAGUCAGGGGGAGGAAUUCUCCAUGCUGUAUGAUGAUAACACAGCUGUUCUGCAGAUCAACAACAGUGAGAUGAGGCACUCUGGGGAGUACACCUGCGUGGCUACCAACAGUGUGGGCUCAGCUUCAUGCAGAGCCAAGCUCACUCUGCAAGAACCCAGAUACCCUCCAGUAUUUGACAGGAAGUUGUCACUACAGGAGGUGACAGUGGGUGACAGCAUUGAGCUGGAAUGUCACAUGACUGGUUCUGCGCCCAUUAAAGUCACAUGGUCCAAAGACCACAAAGAUAUUCGCUCUGGGGGGAAUUAUAAGAUUAGCUGUGUGGAUAAUACACCUCACCUGACCAUUCUGAAGGCAGAUAAAUCAGACACAGGGAGAUACUUCUGCCACGCCUCUAAUGACAUGGGGAAGGACUCUUGUUCCUCUGAUAUCACUGUCAAAGAGCGCAAAAAUCCUCCAGUGUUCACCAAAAAGCCCUCAGAGCACAUCGAGGACAUGGAGGGCAAACUGGUGAAGAUUGAGGGCCGAGUCUCUGGGUCGCAGCCCAUGUCAGUCAGCUGGUUCAAAGAUGACACGGAGAUACAGAGUUCUGACAAAUAUGACAUCAGCUUUAAGAGUAAUGUGGCAGUGCUGUGCAUUAAGAACAGCCAAGUGAAUGACAGCGGAAGGUACUCGUGCCAGGCCUCUAAUGAAGCUGGAAAAGCCUCCUGUGAUGUCACUGUUGGCAUCUCAGAGGCCAAGAAGCCCCCAGUGUUUGACGUACCUCUUAAACCAGCAACUGUGGAUGAGGGCGAGAAGCUAAUUCUCAGGUGCCAUGUCUGUGGAUCUUCGCCUCUGAAGAUCCAGUGGAUGAAGGACAGGAAGGAGUUGACACCAUCCAGCAGCACUAGAAUCAGCUUUUCUGAUGGCACAGCAUGUCUGGAGAUCAGCACAGUCUCUAAACUCAAUGCUGGUGACUACCUCUGCAAGGCUACCAACGAGGCUGGCAGCGAAUUCUGCAAAGCCAAAGUCACUGUCAAAGAGAAACCUGGAGCAGCUCUGUCUCCUGCUGAAGCUCCAGCAGCUUCUCCGUCCAAAAAAAUGGACAAUCUGUUCUUCAUUGAAGAGCCUAAAACUGCACACGUUACCGAGAAGGGAACCGCCACCUUCAUCGCAAAGGUGGGUGGUGACCCCAUUCCCAGUGUGAAGUGGAUGAAAGGAAAGUGGAGGCAAGUGACCCACGGUGGCCGGAUCUCCAUUGAACAGAAGGGCCAAGAGGCCAAACUGGAGAUCAGAGAAGUGACGAAAUCGGACUCUGGUCAGUACAGAUGUGUCGCCUCCAACAAACAUGGCGAGAUCGAGUGCAGCACUGACAUGCACGUAGAGGAAAAGAAGGACGUAGCGAUGCUGGAGGGAGACCUUCGCGCUAAACUGAAGAAAACUCCAUCAAAGCAAAAGAGCCCACAGGAGGAAAAAGACAUUGACAUAGUUGAGCUGUUGAGAAACGUGGACCCAAAAGAGUAUGAGAAAUACGCCCGAAUGUAUGGAAUCACUGACUACCGAGGCCUACUGCAUGCAAUUGAGCAGCUCAAAAAAGAGAGAGCUGAAGAAAGUGGAAGACAAGAAGUAGACCGUGGAGACAGAGAGUCCGAUGAGGACAUGGCCAGACUGGUGGCUGACCUGCAGAAGAGGAUGGAACGGACUGAGCCUGUCACUGUGGUGAAGGACAUUUCCAAUCAAUCUGUCUUCAUUAAUGAAGAAGCAGUGUUCGAGUGUGAGAUCAAGAUCAACUACCCAGAGAUCACACUGUCCUGGUACAAAGGCACACAGAAACUAGAUACUAGUGACAAGUACAAUAUCACCAUCAGCGGCGACCGCCAUCUGCUCAGGGUCAAGAACUGCCAGUCAUCUGACCAGGGCAACUACAGGGUGGUGUGCGGGCCCCACAUAUCCAGCGCCAAGCUCAGUGUCAUGGAGGUGGAGGUUGAGAAACAUCUACAGGACACAAUGGGUAAGGAAGGCCAGUCAUGUACUAUGUCUUGUCAGAUGUCCAUCCCUAAUGUAGAGGCUCAGUGGUUUAAAAAUGGAAAGCAGUUAAAAAUGAAGGACAGAUACACAUCUGAAGUGAAACACAAGGUUCAGAAGCUACUGAUCAGAGACCUGAAGCCUGAAGACCAAGGAAGAUACACCUGCAAGUACCAACAGCUGGAGUCUUCAGCAGACCUCUGGGUGGAAGCUGAACAAAUUCAUUUCACCAAACGCAUCCACAACAUCGAAGUCAAUGAGCGACAGUCAGCCACCUUUGAGUGUGAAGUGUCCUUUGACAAUGCCAUUGUUUCAUGGUACAAAGACACCUGGGAACUGAAAGAGAGCCCUAAGUACAACUUCAGAAGCGAGGGCCGAAGACAUUUCAUGGUCAUUCAAAACGUGACUGUUGAAGACGAAGGCGUGUACUCAGUAAUUGUGAGGUUGGAACCCAGGGGAGAGGCUAAGAGCACAGCUGAGCUUUAUUUGUCUGGCAAAGAAAUUGAAUUAGCAAUGGUCCCCAUUGAUAUGCCAGAUUCCUCUGUUCAGAGGCCUGAAGUGCCUACGUCAGUUGCAAUUCAAGAAUCUUUUGAAUUCUAUCAUUAUGAAGAAGAGAUUGAAGAUAGAGCAGUUGUAAGAGUUGCCAUUGAGGAGACGGUGGAGACCAAACAAGUUCAAAUGAGAGAGGAAAUCCCAACAAAAGUUGAAGAAAGGCCUGAAGAGAAGCCAACGCCAGCUGUAAAGGAACCAUCACCACAGAAAGAGCCUGAAGCCAGAAAGCAAGUGGAGGAAAAGAUUCCUGUGGUUUCAGUCCCAGAAAAGGAUGUUCCUGUUCCCAGAGAAACAGAGGAAGUUAAAAGGCCUACUGCUUCCCCACCUCCACCUACUGAGAAGCCUGGAGUGCCAAAGAAAGAUGAACCCAAGCCUCAGGUACCAGCAGACUCCAAAGUAGUGGCCCCUAAAGCUAAGCCCGAAGCUGAGCCCAAGCCAAAACCAAAAGCAGAACCAGAACCAAAGCCAGUGCCUACACCCAAAGCAGAACCAGAACCAAAGCCAGUGCCUACACCCAAAGUAGAACCAGAACCAAAGCCAGUGCCUACACCCAAAGUAGAACCCAAGGUUAAACCUGAAGAAAUCCCUGAGCAGGAGCCUGAAGCUAAACCAGUACCAGUAAAGAAGGUGGUGACGCCACCAUCCAAAGUCCCUGAAGAAGCUGCAAAACCAGAUCCAUCAAAGACCAGGCGUAAGCCAGCUGAUACCAGGCUAGAACCAGACAAACCUAAACCAGAAGCUCGUAAACCCGAGCCUUCUCUAACAAAACAAGAACCAAAAGAACCUGCAGUGAUUCCCAAGCCUGAACCUGUGGUGAAAAAAUCAGAAGCAGAAAUAACAGCACCAAAGCCUGUGGUGCCAAAACCGGAACCCCCAGUGACCAAGCCAGAACCAACUCCUGCACCAAAGGAACCUACAAAAAAAGAAUUUUAUUUUGAAGCAUCAGAAGAACCAGCAAAGAAGGAGGUUUCAUCUCCAAUCCAACCACCCCAACCUCCACUUGCACAACCACAAAAGUUUGAGACAGAGGAACAAGCGCCACAGAAGAAACCUGUGGCAGUUAAAGUUCCUGUGGAGGAAAAAAUAACUGAGCUUCCAAAAGCAGCCAAGAAAGCAGAGCCUGCUGUUGUUCCACCAAAGGAAGAACCAACAAAGAAAGAGAAAGCUUGGAAGCUCGAACCUAAACCUGUACCUGAAAAAGGCUAUCAGAAGGUGUUUGAUGAGGUUGCUGUGUUGGAGCCUGAACCUGUGAGGCUUCCUGAGAAAAUAUCUGAAUCAGUACCUGAGAGACCCACGGAGAAAGUGCUGAAACCCAAGAAAGGCAUGAAGGAAAUUCCAAAGCUGGAGCCAGAAGAUUUACCUGAGAAAGUACCAGAAAAACCACGUGAGGAAAAAGUCCCAGAGGAGGCUGUUCCUAAGAGGAAGCCUGUAAAGGUUCCUCAGAAGGUGGUUAAAGAAGCUUUGAUUACUGAGAAGCAGACAUCUGUAAGCACUGAGGAAUUCAAAGUUGAGCUCAUUUCGAAGACGCAAACAGAGAUGAUCUCUGCAGAGAAAACAGUUCACGUAAAGGCCCCUGAUAAAAUACCUGAUACUGUAUCUAAGGCCAAGCCUAAACAAGAGGUAGAGGAAAUUCUUCCUAAAGAAACCGAAGCUAAGAAGACUGAGAGGAUACUGCACACAGAGAUUGAACAGGAUAUAAAAAUUUAUGCUACUAAAAAAGAAACAGAAGACAAGAUUCUCAUUGCUGCUCCUGAAGCUUUGUCUCCUGAAACACAAGCUGCAGCUAAAACUGAAAGACUAGAGAAAGUUCUUGUAAAGGAGAAGGAGUUGGUGCCAGAAAUCAAAGAAUCACUGGUAAAGCCAGCUACUCCACAAAAAGAGAGCAAACCACAAGCUGCUGUUAAAGAUCAAGAAGCUGCCAAAAAGCCGGAAGUCACUGAUAAUGCCAAGUUGAAAAAGACAAUUACUCCACCAGAAGAAAAGCCAGUGGUCGAGACAAAGCCCGUUAUGACGGCUGAAGAACCAACUAAGAUGAUUGCAGAGGAGGAAAAACCACUAACAAAAAAGAUAUCACCUGGAACAGAUGAAUCCAAGGGGCCAGUCCAAGCACCAGGAGGAGUCAAGAAAGAGGGACAACCAACAGAGGAAGCAGGAAGAGGUAGAGGUAGAGGGCUGAAACCUAAGCAGACCCCAUCUCCUGGAGAGGGCAGGGGUCGGGGGCUGAGGCCUGGUGGGAAAGGACCACCACCACCAGAGGAACCUUUUGCAGGGUUCAAGCUCAAAGCUGUCCCUCUAAAGUUUAUCAAAAAGCUUCAGAACAUUGUUCUGCAGGAAGCCGAGUCUAUCGGCUCAUCUGCUGUCUUUGAAUGUGAGGUCUCACCUUCCACUGCUGUUACUUCUUGGAUGAAAGAUGGUAGUAAUCUUCGUGAGAGCCCCAAGCACAAGUUCACUUCGGAUGGCAAAGAUCGCAAAUUGAACAUCAUUGAUGUCCAGCUGUCUGACACUGGGGAAUAUACGUGCGUGGCCAAGAACGCUGGCAAAGAGAUAUCUUGCACCGCCAAGCUUAUCGUUGAAGAGCUACCUGUGAAAUGGAUCAAAGAACUGGAGGAGGAGACAUCAGCAAUCAAGGGUCAGCCUGUGUAUAUGACCUGCGAGCUGAACAAAGAGAGGGAUGUGAUAUGGAAGAAGAAUGGUGAGGUCCUCAAGAAAAAGGAGGGCAAGAUUCAGAUCAAUAUCAUUGGUAUGCAGCAUGCAGUGACCAUCCAGAACUCCACGGAGGAGGACGCCGGUGUUUUCUCGUGUGAAGUGGCUGGCCAGGAAGACGUUAAGACUACAACAAAUGUCAAAGUGAUUGAAAUUGUCAAAGACUGGAUAGUGAGACCACUGAGAGAUCAGCAUGUAAAACCAAAGGCUGCUGCAACAUUUAAAUGCGAGCUUUUCAAGGAAACUCCCAACUGGAAGUGGCUCAAAGGAGAGAAUGAAGUCCAGCCAUCUGACAAGAUUGAGAUCAAGAAGGAAGGAAAGGAGCUGACGCUCGUCAUUAAGAACUGCCAGCCUGAUGACGUAGCAGAAUAUGCACUGGAGGUGGAAGGACGCAUCUACACUGCCAAGCUAACACUUGGAGAGCGGGAGGCUGAGAUCCUAAAGCCUUUGGUCAGCGUCGAGGUGGUUGAGAAGGAAGAUGCCAUGUUUGAGACUGAGAUUUCUGAGGACGACAUUCCUGGGGAAUGGAAGCUCAAAGGAGAGGUUUUGACCAGAUCCCCUACAUGCGACAUCCAAAUGGAGGGUACAGUGCGUAGACUCAAGCUAAAAAACUGCCAGCUGGACCAGGCGGGAGAAGUGACUUACACGGCUCUGAACGCCAUAACCAGCGCCAUGCUUAAUGUCAAAGAACGUGACAUCAAGGUCGUCCGCCCACUGCACAGCGUGGAAGUUACAGAGACCGAGACGGCGAAGUUUGAGACAGAGAUUUCUGAGGAGGACCUUCAUGCCACCUGGAAACUGAAGGGCGAGACACUUCAUCCAUCUGCUAAUGUGGAGAUCAAGGAGGAAGCAACCCGGCACUUGUUGAUCCUCUAUAACUGCAAAAUGGACAUGGCUGGAAGUGUUGACUUUGCAGCAGCGAAUGCCAAAUCCUCAGCUCAGCUCAGGGUCAAAGCCCGAGUGAUUGGCCUCCAGAGGCCUCUGAAGGACGUCACCGUGACUGCUGGGGAGACUGCCACCUUUGAGUGUGAGCUGUCAUACGAAGGCAUCGCUGUCGAGUGGUUCCUGGGGGGUACAAAGCUGGAGCCAAGCGAUAGAGUGGUGUUGAAGGCGGAGGGUAAAGUCCACACCCUGACUCUACGCAAUGUCGAGCAAAACGAAGCUGGACAAAUCAAACUCACAGCCAAAGACUUCCAGACUGAGGCCAGUCUUACUGUCAAAGAACCACCAGUGGAGUUCUCUAAGCCUCUGGAGGACCAGACAGUGGAAGAGGAAGCCACUGCCACACUCGAAUGUGAAGUUUCCAGGGAAAAUGCAGAAGUGCGAUGGUUCAGGGAUGGACAGGAGAUUCGCAAGACAAAGAAAUAUGAGAUGAUCAUUGACGGCUGCAAGCGAGCGCUGGUCAUCCACGACUGCACUUUGGACGACUCAAAGACAUAUGCUUGUGAUGCUAAAGACUUCAAAACCUCAUGCUUCCUCAAUGUUGAACCUCCACACAUCGAGUUCACAAAGCCACUCCACGACGUCGAGGUUGUAGAGAAGGAAUCUGCCAGGUUUGAAUGUGAAGUGUCCAGAGAAGACGUCAAAGUCCGCUGGUUUAAAGACGGAAAUGAAAUCAGAAAGGGAAAGAAAUACGAAAUUAUUGCACAAGGUCGCCAGCACAUCCUCAUCAUCCACAAGUCUGUGUUUGACGAUGAGGCUGAAUACGAAUGUGAUGCAAAGACCUCAAAGUCCUCUGGCAUGCUUACUGUCGUUGAGGAGGAGGCAAGGUUCACCAAGAACCUGUUCAAUGUGGAGGGAACUGAGACCGACAGUGUAAAACUUAUUUGUGAAGUCUCCAAACCCAGCGCAGACGUUAUCUGGUACAAAGGAGACAAGGAGCUGCCAGAGGGUGGCCGCUAUGAGCAAACUGUAGAUGGGAAGAGAAGGAUACUCCUCAUCAAGGAUCUGAACAUGUCUGAUGCUGGAGAGUACAACUGCAGGCUAAGUCCCAGCAACAAAACGUCAGGAAAUCUCAAGAUUAAUGAAUUAGCUGCUGAGUUCAUCUCAAGGCCACAAAGCCUAGAAGUGGUGGAAGGAGAGAAGGCAGCGUUCACGUGCUCCGUAUCCAAGGAGACCUAUGAAGUCAAAUGGAUGAAGGAUGACGUGGAGCUCGAGGCCGGAGAGAAAUACCAGAUAGUCACCGAUGGCAAGAGACGAACCCUUGAAAUCAAGGACUGUGAACUUAAAGAUGAGGGUGGAUACAUAGUUAUGAUUGGACCAACUAGAGCCAGCGCCGACCUUACUGUGCUCGAGAAACUGAAAAUCAUCACUCCUCUAAAAGACACAGAGGGCAAAGAAGGUCAGGAGGUCGUCCUGAACUGUGAGGUCAACACAGAGGGAGCAAAGGCCAAGUGGCUGAAGAACGACGACACCAUAUUUGAGAGCAGCAAGUACGUAAUAACCCAGAGAGACAAUGUCUUCUCCCUGAGAAUCAAAGAUGUCCAGAAGGGAGACGAAUCUAACUACAGCAUCAACUUGACCAAUCAGAGAGGAGAGCAUGCCAAGAGCCACUGCAGCCUGACCAUCAGAGAGGAGAGUCUAAGAAUUGUGGUUCCCCCAGAGGACAUUGACACUCAGGAGAAGAGGACCAUCAGCUUCUCUUGUAAGGUCAACAGGCCCAAUGCCACUCUGAAGUGGAUGAAGGCCGGUGAGGAGAUUACCUUCAGCAAACGCAUUGUCUACAGGGUUGACAAAGACAAGCAUACGCUUACCAUCAAAGACUGCACCCUGGCCGAUGAGGGUGAAUACACAGCUGUAGCCGGAGAUGACAAAGCCACAGCAGAGCUCAUCAUCAGCGAGGCACCGACGGAUUUCACCAUGCAACUAAAAGACCAAACAAUCACCGAGUUCGAGGAUGCAGAAUUUACAUGCAAGUUGACCAAAGAGAAAGCUGAAGUCAAGUGGUACAGAAAUGGCCGAGAGAUCAGAGAAGGACCCAGAUACAUAUUUGAACGAGAUGGAAAGAUUUGCACUUUGCGCAUCAAGGAAUGCAGACCUGAUGAUGAAUGUGAAUAUGCCUGUGGUGUGGAGGAGAAGAAAUCCAGAGCCAGGCUUUUUGUUGAAGAGACCCCAGUGGAAAUCAUCAGACCCCCGCAGAACGUGUUUGAACCUCCAGGCUCGGACGUUGUGUUUGAGGUGGAACUCAACAAAGACAGAGUGGAGGUGAAGUGGUUGAGGAACAAUAUGACCGUUGUCCAGGGAGACAAAUACCAGAUGAUGAGCGAGGGUAAAGUCCACAGAUUGCAGGUCUGUGAGAUCAGACCUCGGGACCAGGGAGAGUACAGAGUCAUUGCCAAGGAUAAAGAUGCAAAGGCCAAGCUGGAACUGGCAGCUGUGCCACAGAUAAAGACCACUGACCAGAGCUACGUCACAGAUGUUGGAAAGCCUAUUAUCAUGGUCGUCCCCUACAGUGCCUAUCCACAAGCUGAAGCUGACUGGCUGUACAACAACCUGAGUCUGCAAAAGGACAACAUCUACACCUCAGCUGAGCACACAGAGUACCGAUUAAAGAACCCCAAGAAGGUCGACGAGGGCUCCUACAAGAUCAUCAUCAAAAACAAACAUGGAGCGGGAGAAGCUUUCAUCAACCUGAAUGUCAUUGAUGUCCCAGGACCUGUGAAGAACCUCCAGGUGACUGACACUGCAGAUGGUGAGAUCAGCCUCGCAUGGGAGGAGCCUGAGAGCGAUGGCGGCAGUAAAGUCAUCGGCUACGUAGUGGAGAGACGUGAUGUGAAACGUAAGACCUGGACACUGGCCACCGACCAUGCCGAAAGUCCUGAAUACACAGUGACCGGCCUCCAGAAGGACUCCAAGUACCUAUUCAGAGUCUGUGCCCGAAACCGGGUUGGCAGUGGACCCACUGUCGAGACUGACGAAGCUGUGCAAGCUAAGAACAAGUUUGAUGUUCCUGAAGCUCCUCUGAAUGUGAUUGUGGGAAACGUCACCAAGUUUGGCUGCACUCUGUCUUGGGAGCCUCCCACGUCAGAUGGAGGCUCUCCCAUUACCUCUUAUAUCAUUGAGCUCCGCGACAGGACGUCAGUGAAGUGGUCUCCUGUCCUGGUGACCAAACCUGAUGACCUCAGUGCCAUCAUUAAUGAUGUAAUUGAGAAUAAAGAGUACAUUUUUAGAGUGAAAGCUGAGAACAGAGCCGGUGUCGGCAAACCCAGUGCUGCCUCACAGCCCGUCAAAAUCAUGGAUCCAAUCGAGCGUCCCAGCCCCCCUCUGAACCUAUCCUGGCAGGACCAGAACAAGAGCUCAGUGCAGCUCACCUGGGAGACUCCACUGAAGAACGGAGGCAGCAUGAUCACCGGAUACAUCAUUGAACGCUGUGAGGACGGUUCUGACAAGUGGCUCCGCUGCAACGCCCGUCUCUGCCCUGACCUCUUCUACAAGGUGUCAGGUCUGAAAUAUGGGACUAAGUACAACUACAGAGUGUUGGCUGAAAAUGCUGCCGGAGUCUCUGAGCCUUCAAACAUCAUCGGACCUCUGCUAGCUGACGACCCACAUGUUGGUCCAAGCUUUGACCUGAGUGCUUUUAAAGAUGGCCUGGAAGUGAUUGUUCCCCAGCCUCUGACCAUCAGAGUCCCCAUAACUGGAUAUCCAAUACCUGUUGCUAAGUGGACCUUCGGAGAGAAGGAGCUAUCCAGUGUGGAUAAUGAGCGGGUUUUCCUCAUGACAAAGUCAACAUUUACAGAACUAAUGGUCACUCCGAGUGUCCGUCCAGACAAAGGCAUCUACACGCUACAUCUGGAGAAUGAUGUCACAUCGGUCUCUGGAGAGAUUGAAGUCAAUGUUAUUGCUGCACCCAGUGCUCCAAAGGACUUCAAGGUCCUCGAGGUGACUCGGCAGCAUGUCCACCUGAGCUGGGAGGCUCCAGAGCAUGAUGGAGGAAGUCCUCUGAUUGGCUACCAGGUGGAGAAACGAGAUGUGUCCCGCAAGACCUGGGUCAAGGUGGCCACAGGGAUCCAGGAUCUGGAGUUCACCGUUACUGACGUGGUUGAAGGGAAGGAGUAUUUGUUCAGAGUCACCGCCUGCAACAAAUGUGGACCGGGAGAGCCAGCAUAUAUUGACGAGCCAGUUAACGUCUCCUCUCCUGCAACUGUCCCCGACCCUCCAGAAAACCUGAGGUGGAGGGACAAGUCAGCCAGUGGCAUCUUCCUGACCUGGGAGCCGCCAAAGUAUGAUGGCGGAAGUGGCAUCCGGGGCUACAAUGUUGAACGCUGUCAGAGAGGAACAGAUAAGUGGGAGCCCUGUGGGGACUUGGUACCUGAGCUGAAGUGCCAGGUGACGAAUCUUAUUGAGGGUCAGUGGUACUCUUACAGAAUCAGAGCCCUGAACCGACUUGGAGCCAGCCGGCCCUGCAAAGCCACUGAUGAGAUCCAGGCUGUUGAUCCUAAAGAGCCUCCAGAGAUCCAGCUGGAUGCCAAGCUUCUGGCUGGUCUGACUGCUAAGGCUGGCAGCAAGAUUGAACUUCCUGCUGAUGUGACAGGUAAGCCUGAGCCACGAGUCAAGUGGACCAAAGCCGACCUGGUCCUCAAACCAGACGACAGGGUGUCCAUUGACACCAAGCCAGGACACUCCACGGUCACCAUCGCCAAGACAAAGAGAGAUGACAGUUCCACUUAUAUCAUCGAAGCCACCAACAGCAGCGGUCGUGCCACUGCCACUGUGGAUGUCAACAUCCUUGAUAAGCCUGGUCCUCCUGCUGCUUUUGACAUUUCUGAAAUCACCAAUGAGUCCUGCUUUCUGGCUUGGAACCCUCCACGUGAUGAUGGUGGCUCCAAAGUUACCAACUAUAUUGUUGAACGGCGAGCUGCUGAUAGUGAGAUCUGGCACAGACUGUCCUCCACUGUGAAGCAGACCACAUACAAAGCUACCAGUCUGAUCAAGUUCAAGGACUACAUCUUCAGAGUAUUUGCUGAAAACCAGUUUGGUGUUGGUCCAGCUGCUGAACACACACCAAUCACUGCCAAAUACCCCUUUGAUACUCCCGGGGCUCCUUACAAGCUGGAGGCUUCAGAUAUUGCAAAGGACUCUCUGAAUCUGAACUGGUAUGAGCCUGAUGAGGAUGGAGGAAGCCCAAUUACUGGAUAUUGGGUGGAGAGAUACGAAGCUGACCAUGACAAGUGGAUAAGAUGCAACAAGCUGCCAGUCAAAGACACAAACUACAGGGUCAAAGGUCUUCCAACCAGGAAGAAGUAUAAGUUCCGAGUCCUUGCUGAGAAUCUGGCCGGAACUGGAAAACCCAGCAAGGAGACAGAUCCGAUCCUUGUUAAAGAUCCUAUUGACCCUCCAUGGCCCCCUGGCAAACCCACAGUGAAGGACGUAGCUAAGACGUCAUGCUUCCUAAUGUGGACCAAACCAGAGCAUGAUGGCGGAGCAAGGAUCGAUAGCUAUGUCAUUGAGAUGCUAAAGAGCGGCACCACGGACUGGAUCCGCGUGGCAGAGAACAUCACCAUCCUGGAAUAUUUCCUAAAGGGCCUGAUGGAGAAGCAGGAGUACUCAUUUAGAGUGCGAGCUGUUAACGUGGCUGGAGAGAGCGAACCCAGUGAACCCAGUGACCCAGUGCUCUGCAAAGAGAGACUCAACCCUCCCUCAGCUCCACGCUGGUUAGAGGUUGUCAACAUCAGCAGGAACAGUGCUGAGCUGAAAUGGGCAGCUCCUGAGCGCAAUGGAGGUUCAGCCAUCACCAACUAUAUUGUGGAGAAACGAGAUGUGAGGCGUAAAGGUUGGCAGACUGUGGAUACCACAGUCAAAGAGCUCAAGUGCGACGUGAAACCGCUCAAUGAAGGAUCGCUUUAUGUGUUCCGUGUUGCUGCUGAGAACGCUGUGGGUGUCGGACCCUUCUGUGAGAUGGAGGACUCUGUGCUGGCAAAAGACACUUUCACUACUCCUGGCCCACCAUACGCUCUCGCUGUCAGUGCUGUGACCAAAAGAUAUGUGGACUUGCAGUGGGAGGCACCGAAAAACGAUGGUGGAAGACCCAUCCUCAGGUAUUCCAUUGAGAAAAAAGAGAAGCUUGGAACUCGCUGGGUGAAAUGUGGGAAGACUUCGGGUCCAGACUGUAAGUACAGGGUAACAGACGUCAUUGAGGGAACAGAGGUUCAGUUCCAGGUCCGAGCUGAGAACGAGGCUGGCAGUGGACACCCAAGUGAACCCACCGAGAUUCUCACCAUAGAAGAUCCAACAGGCAUCCCAUCACCACCCAUUGAAUUACACGUGACUGGAGCCAGCCGAGACUUCCUGGCAAUUGCCUGGAAACCUCCACAAACAGAUGGCGGUGCCCCUGUCAGAGGAUACCACAUUGAGAUGUGCGAGGCUGGAACUGAGAAGUGGAUGAGGGUGAACUCCCGUCCAGUGAAGGAGCUCAAGUACCGCGUAGAGGAGGGUGUGACCCCUGAAAAGGAGUACAUUCUGAGAGUGAGGGCCGUUAACGCUAUCGGAGAGAGCGAACCAUCGGACAUCUCUGAAAAUGUCUUUGCCAAAGACUCUGACUGCAACCCAACUCUGGAAUUCCAGACUCUGGAUCUAGUUGUUGUGGAAACAGAAAAGCUGCACAUUCCAGUUCCCUUUAGAGCAGUCCCCUUACCUAGAAUCACCUGGCACAAAGAUGGCAAAGAGCUGAAGGCGGAUGAACGCCUUGGCUUUAGGAAGGAGUAUACCUCCUGUCACCUGGAGAUUGACAGCAGUCUUCAUGCCGAUGCUGGAGUGUACAAAGUGACACUAGAAAACAAGCUGGGAAGUGCCAGUGCCACCAUCAAUGUCAAAGUCAUCGGGCUUCCUGGUCCUUGCAAGGAAAUUGUGGCUUCUGAGAUCACAAAGAGCUCCUGUAAAGUUUCAUGGGAUCCACCAGAUUAUGAUGGUGGUAGUCCAGUUCUUCACUAUGUCUUGCAGCGGCGUGAGGCUGGCAGGAGGACAUACGUCAACAUAAUGUCAGGAGAGUGCAAGGUGAGCUGGGUGGUCAAAGAUCUCAUCCCCAGUGGAGAGUACUACUUCAGGGUCCAGGCUGUUAACAAGAUUGGAGGAGGAGAGUUCAUCGAGCUCCGCAACCCAGUCAUCGCCGAGGACCAGAAACAUGCUCCUGACCCACCAGUGGAUGUGGAGACCCACAACCCCACAUCCAGUACUGUUACUCUAACCUGGAAGGCUCCCAUGUAUGAUGGUGGCUCCAAAAUCAUGGGCUACAUCCUAGAGAAGCAGCAGAAAGGAGAGGACAAGUGGGAGAGGUGCAAUGACUUCCUGGUGCCUGUACUAUCCUACACCGUCAGAGGAUUGACAGAAGGAAAGAACUACACCUUUAGAGUAAGAGCUGAAAAUGCUGCUGGGAUCAGUGAGCCAUCACGCAACACGCCAUUUAUCAAGGCCGCCGAUACCAUUGAUUCUCCAAAGGUUUUCCUGAGUGGCAGCUUGCAGUCUGGUCUCAGCGUGAAGCGAGGUUACGAGAUCUGCCUGGAUGCCAACAUUUCAGGAUCUCCGUACCCUCAGAUCACCUGGUACUGGAACAACCAAUCAAUUCGACCUGAGCCACUCCGGAAGAGACCUGAAAAACCCCUGAAGAAGAAGGUGGAAAAGAAGGAAGAGGAAAAGAAGCAGGAAAAGGAGAAAGAAGAAGGGACAGCUGAGAAGAAAGAGGAGAAGGAGGGAGAGGUGAAAGAACCUGAGGAAAAAGAAGGCGAGGUGAAAAAGGAGGAGGAAGUUCCAGAACCAGAGGUGGAGGAGCCAGACUACCCCACCAUAAAUGAACGCCUGGCCAUCGACAAUAGCCACAAGGGUGUAUCCUCUAUCAUUAUCAGGGACUCGAUUCGCCCUGAUCAUGGUGUCUACAUGGUGAAGGUGGAGAACGACCAUGGCAUUGCCUCGGCAACCUGCGAGGUCAACGUACUCGAUACUCCCGGGCCUCCAGUGAACUUUAGAUUCGAGGAGGUGAGGAAGAACUCUGUGAUCUGCAAGUGGGAUCCCCCACUGGAUGAUGGUGGCAGCGAGAUUCUCAACUACACCCUGGAACAGAAAGACAACUCCAAGCUGGAGAUUGGUUGGAGCACCGUUACCGCAAUAUUGAAAGGAUGUCGUUACUUGGUGCCCAAACUCAUUGAGAAGAAGGAGUACAUCUUUAGGGUCGUGGCUGAGAACAAGUAUGGUGCAGGCCCACCCUGUGUCUCCAAACCGGUCAUUGCCAAGAAUCCUUUCGAACCUCCCGAAGCACCUGAUAAACCACAAGUUGAUGACAUCACAGCCAAUAGCAUGCUGGUCACAUGGAAUGAACCAAAUGAUAAUGGCAGCCCCAUCUUGGGAUACUGGGUGGAGCGCCGUGAGAUCAACAGCUCACACUGGGCACGUGUAAAUAGGAACAUCAUCCCUGUCCCUGAGCUAAAUGUUGAAGGUCUGAUCGAGGGGCUUACUUACAUCUUUAGAGUGGCUGCCGAAAACCAGGCCGGCCCUGGAAAGUUCAGUGUUCCCUCUGAACCCAAGACUGCCCAGCCAGCUAUUUUGCCUCCAGGUCCUCCAGUUGCCCGAGUGGCAGCAACUACUGACCACUCCAUCGAAGUUGAGUGGGACCCGCCUGCUGACAAUGGAGGUGGGGAAAUCCUGGGAUAUCACGUUGAUAAGGCUAUGGCUGGUACAAAGGACUGGUCGAGAUCUACGGAACGUCCAUGGAAGACUCGGAACUUCACUGUUUAUGGAGUCAGAGAGGGAGCAAAGUACAUGGUCAGAGUCAUUGCCUGUAAUGCUGCUGGAGAGGGAACACCAGGAUUCACAGAGUCUGUAUUUGUCAGAAAUCCUGCAGAGAUCCCUGUAAUUGAAUUGGAUCUGUCUGUCAAGAAUGGCGUCGUGAUCAGAGCUGGAGAAAACCUCCUUAUACCUGCUACAGUCACAGGUAAACCCUACCCAGCCAUCACCUGGACCAAGGAUGAUGGCAAACCUGACAAAGACCGUGUGGAGAUCCUCACUGAGGACAACAACAGCAUCUUCUCAGUCAAGAAUGUUCAGAGGAAAGACUGCGGAAAAUAUCAAAUCUCCGCUUGCAACCCCAGUGGCACCAAGUCUGCAUGGACCAGAGUAGAGGUCAUGGAUGUCCCUGGACCUGUCACAGACCUGAAGCCUGUUGUUGUCACUCGUAAGAUGAUCUUUCUGAACUGGGAUGACCCUGAAGACGAUGGAGGCAGUGACUUAACCGGCUUCCUCGUGGAGCGAAGAGAUCCCAAGAUGCACACAUGGAGGCAACCUGUUGAAACCACCUCGUCCAAGUGUGAGUGUGUGGGCAUUAUGGAGGGACAAGAAUACCUGUUCCGUGUCAUCGCCAAGAACAAAUACGGCCUGGGCCCACCCGUUGAACUAGGACCCAUCAAGGCUGUAGACCCACAGGGCCCGCCAUCAUAUCCUGAGAAGUUCCACUACACUGAACGCACAAAGAACUCCAUCACAUUCGCCUGGAAACCACCACGUAAUGAUGGCGGCAGCCCUAUCAUUGGUUACUUUGUUGAGAAAAAGAGGCAGGACCAGCAGGCCUUUGAGCCCUGCAACACUGAGAUCUGUCCCAACAUGACUAUGACUGUGGAGGGCCUGGAUGAUGCCUGGAUGUACGAGUUCAGAAUCAAGUGUGCCAACCUUAUUGGAGAGAGUGAGCCAUCCAUCCCACUGACUGUGGUUAUCCAAGAUGAUGAAGUGUCUCCUGAGAUUCACAUGCUGAAGCAGUUCAAAGGGGACACCAUUACUGUGAAGAAGGGUGAAUCCAUCGAGAUCCCAGCUGAUGUCCUGGGACUCCCCAUCCCUAAGAUCGAGUGGUCUAAGGAUGACGUAGUGAUCGAGAAGCCUACUGAGACUCUACUGAUGGAGACAAAUGUGACUGGCAGAAUGAAUUGCAAGACCAUGCUGUCCAUCCCAGCAGCCAACAGGAGGGACCGUGGCAGUUACACUGUGGCUGCCUCCAACAACAUGGGUUCAGCCAAGCACACGGUCUAUGUCAUGGUGCUUGACCGACCAACUCCACCAAGGAAUGUGACAGUAUCCAAUAUCAGGGGUGAGUCCUGCUACCUCAACUGGGACGCACCACUUGAUAAUGGCGGAAGUGAACUGACCAACUACAUCAUUGAGAAGAAGGAAGUGGUAACAGAGGUGCCUGAGGUGGAAGAGGGACAGGAAGCUCCACCUGAACCGCAGUGGGAGGAGGUUACAAAUAGCAUAAUUGAGAGAAAAUAUGGGGUCUGGAACCUGGAAAACAAAAAGACCUACCUUUUCCGGGUACGGGCUGAGAACCGCUACGGUAAAUCUGAUCCCUGCACAACUGAGGAAGUUCAUAUUAUAGACCCCUUCGGCCUUCCUGGCCCACCAGAGAAACCAACAAUCGCAGAGUACUGCAAGACCUCCAUGACUCUAACCUGGGAACCUCCCAGAGAUAAUGGAGGCUCCACGAUUAUUGGUUACUGGCUGGAAAAAAGGGAGAAAGGCACUGCUUACUGGGCUAAAGUCAAUAAGAUGCCCAUCACAAAGAGGGGCAUGAAAGGCUGGGAGUACCAGGUGACACGUCUGUUUGAAGGAACAGAGUACGAGUUCAGAGUCGCAGCCUGUAAUUCAGCAGGAACCGGACCUUUCAGUGGACCAUCUGACUCUGCCUUUGCUGUUGACCCUCUCACUCCUCCAAGCAUGCCUGCUGCUCCUGAGGUGGCUGAUAAGACAAAACACAAUGUCACACUCUCCUGGAAACCACCAGAGAGUGAUGGUGGCAGUCCCAUCAAGGGCUACAUUAUCCAGAUACAGGAUGAGGGGACAUCAGAGUGGGUGAGAGUAAAUGAUCCUGAAACCCUGCACCCCACUACUGAGUUUACAGUGCCAAGCCUCCGCGAGCUGAAGCGCUACCGCUUCAGGAUCAUUGCUGUCAAUGACAUUGGAGAGUCUGAUCCCAGCCCCCGCACUAGUGAAGUUCUUAUUGAGGAUGUCCAACUUGCACCUUCAAUCACACUUGAUGUGAUGGCAGAUGACCUGGUUUCCAUCCGUGCUGGAGAUCCCAUUAGAAUCCCCACCACCAUCAAAGGCCGGCCCACUCCUAAGGUAACCUGGGACUUUGACGGCAAAGCCAAGACGCACAAGAAAAACAAACUCCACACACUGCCUGUGGACUCUGAGGUGGAGUCCACAGACACCACUUCUGUUGUGACUAUACCUGUCAGUCUGAGGAGUCACUCUGGACGUUACACCAUCACAGCCAAGAACAAGUCUGGACAGAAACACCUCAACAUCAGGGUCAUUGUCCUCGAUGUUCCCGGACCUCCAAAGGACUUAAAGAUUACUGACAUCACCCGAUCAACCAUGAGGCUGAUCUGGAAGCUCCCCGAUACAGAUGGAGGAGAGCGAAUCAAGAGUUACUUUAUUGAGAAGAAAUCUGUCACCGACAAGGCCUGGACCAAGGUUAAUGUAGCCUGUGCUAGCCAGGCCUAUGUGGUGCCAGGACUGCUAGAGGGUCAGGACUACCUGUUCAGAGUGCGAGCAGAGAACCGAUUGGGAUUCGGCCCAUUCACUGUCACCACUGAACCUGCCCGGGCCAGAGACCCCAUCUACCCACCUGACCCCCCCACCAAGCUGAAGGUUAACCUGGUGACAAAGAACACUGUCACCUUGAGCUGGGAGGCUCCCAAAAAUAACGGUGGCUCUCCUGUGAAGCAUUACAUCAUUGAACGAUUGAGCUGGGACACCACCAGCAAGGAGAAAGAGACCUGGAAACAGUGCAACAAGAGAGAUGUGGAAGAGCUCACCUUUGUGGUAGAGGAUCUCAAAGAGGGAGGAGAAUAUGAGUUCAGAGUAAAAGCUGUAAAUGCUGCUGGACCCAGCCGACCCUCUGCCACCAUUGGACCCAUGGUCAUCAAGGAUCAGACAUGUCCGCCCACUAUUGAACUACGUGAGGCUAUGGAGGGAGAGGAGGGCUGUGACAUCAGCAUUGUUGCGAAAGUUAGUGGCUGUCCAUUCCCCAGCCUCGUUUGGCACAAAGCCAGUCUGGACAAACCUGAGGAGAAGUCUGCCAUUCAGUAUGACCAACAUAUCAACAAACUAGUAACCCAGGAUAAGUGCACCCUUCUAAUACAGCAAGCCAGCAGGCAUGACAGCUCACUCUACAGCCUGACAGCCACUAAUAGUCUGGGCACUGUUUGCAAGGACAUCAAGCUCUUAGUGUUUGGACCUCCCGGUCCCCCAGUCGGACCAAUCAAGUUCACGGAGGUGUUUGCAGAAAGAAUAGGCCUCGCCUGGAACCCUCCCAUCGAUGACGGUGGAUCUAAGAUCACCAACUACGUGGUUGAGAAGCGCGAGGAGAACAGGAAAUCCUGGGUCCAUGUCUCCAAUGAUCCCAAAGAGUGCACCUAUGUGGUAACCCGGCUGACAGAGAACCAUGAGUAUGAGUUCAGAGUCAUGGCUCAAAACAAGUUUGGAGUAGGCCCACCACUGGUCAGUGAUCCAGAGAAGGCCAGAAAUCUCUUCACUGUCCCCGGUCAGUGUGAAAAGCCCACUGUGACAGAAGUCUGUCUGGAGUCAAUGACUGUCAACUGGGAAGAACCCAAGUACGAUGGCGGGUCCCCCAUCACUGGCUACAUCAUCGAGAAGAAGGAGACCACUGCCAAGCGCUGGAUCCGUGUCAACCGUGAGCCCAUUAGGGCACUGCCACUGGGCAACAACUGGGAUGUCACUGGCCUACUGGAAGGGGCCGUAUACCAGUUCAGGGUCAUUGCUGUCAAUGCUGCUGGCUGUGGACUGCCCAGUAUACCUUCUGACCCCAUACUCUGCAGAGACCCCAUCAAGCCUCCUGGACCGCCCACUCCAAAGGUAACAGACUGGACAAAGUCUACAGUUGAGCUCGAGUGGAUACCGCCUCUGGUGGACGGAGGGUCAAAAGUCACAGGCUAUAUUGUGGAGUUCAAGGAGGUGAACAAGGAGGAAGAGGAGAAGAAAGCUCAGAGGAGGCUGCUCCUGAGUGUAGCUGAAGAGGAGAAGGAAACAGAAACUGAGGAGGCCUGGGUGAAGGCAAAGGAUACUGAGAUCAGAGGAACUAAAUUUGUGGUGGCUGGUCUUAAGGAAGGUGGUCUGUACCGCUUCAGAGUCCGAGCUGUGAAUGCUGCUGGAGUAGGAGACCCUGGAUUAGUGUCUGAGCUAAUUGAGGUCAAAGACAGAACAAUUCCUCCUGAGAUGGAUCUUGACGCCUCAGUGAAGGAGAAAAUCGUAGUCCAUGCCGGUGGCACCAUCCGCAUUAUCGCCUACGUGUCCGGCAAACCUACCCCACAGAUCACUUGGUGCCGAGAUGACAGUGAGGUGCCCAAAGAGGCCGUGGUGGAGACGACAGGCAUCUCUAAUUCACUGGUCAUUAAGAACUGCAGACGCCAACACCAGGGCAUUUAUACACUAAGUGCAAAGAACGAGGGCGGAGAGAGGAAGAAGGCGGUCAUUGUUGAGGUCCUGGACGUUCCUGGACCAGUUGGUCUUCCCUUCACUGGAGAGAACCUGACCAAUGACUCCUGCAAGCUGACCUGGUACUCCCCUGAGGACGAUGGCGGCUCAGCCAUUACCAACUAUAUUAUUGAGAAGAGAGAGUCAGACCGCAUGGGUUGGACCUCUGUAUCUUACACAGUGACAAGAAACAAUGCUGUAGUACAAGGACUCAUUGAUGGCAAAGGCUACUUCUUCAGAAUUGCAGCUGAGAACAUCAUAGGCAUGGGACCUUUCGUCGAGACCGACAAGAUGGUUCUCAUCAAAGAUCCCAUCUCUGUCCCAGAGCGUCCUGAGGAUCUAAUCAUCACAGCUAUUACCAAAGACUCCAUCUCUGUCACCUGGAGACCACCCAAAUAUGAUGGUGGUGCAGAUGUGAUCAGCUAUGUCCUUGAGUCCCGAAUGAUAGGCCAUGACAACUUUGUGAGAGUAGGCAGAGAGGACAAGCUGAUGGACAGAAGGUUCACACUAACUGGGCUGAAGGAAGGCUCAAGCCAUGAGUUCAGAGUCUCAGCUGUCAACCAGGUGGGACAAGGCAAACCAUCGUUUGCCACCAAACCUGUGCAGUGCAAGGAUGAACUUGAGCCACCGACUCUGGACCUGGACUUCAGGGAAAAGCUCAUGGUAAAGGUGGGAGACAACUGCAUGCUGUCGGGACGCUACAGUGGCAAACCGGCCCCUGCUAUCACCUGGACAAAGAAUGAUGAGGACCUGAAGGCAGAUGAGGACAUCAGCCUCCACAGCACCACCCACCACCUCAGCCUCAACAUCAGCAAGGCCAAGAGAGAACACAGCGGCCGCUAUUGUGUCAGCAUAGAGAAUGCUGCUGGCACUCGCUCGGGAAUCUGCACCAUCACUGUGGUCGACCGUCCUCAGCCACCAGAGGGACCCGUCGAGUUCAACGAAGUCUACAGGAAUUACAUGGUAAUCUCCUGGAAGCCGCCUCUGGAUGACGGAGGCUGUGCUGUCUCCAACUACAUCAUUGAGAAGAGAGAUACCAACAGAGACCUAUGGAUGCCUGUCACCUCAUCCUGUACCAGAACCACCUGCAGAGUGCCAAAGCUAAUCGAGGGCCGGGAGUACAUCAUUCGUAUAAUGGCUCAAAACAUCUAUGGCAUCAGUGACCCUCUUCUGUCUGCAGAGACUAAAGCUAGAGACAUUUUCAAGACACCAGAUGCUCCCAAGCAGCCUCUGGUGAAGGAAGUUUACCAUGACUCUGCCCUAAUCAGCUGGGAGCCGCCUGCUGAUGGAGGGAAACCAAUCACAGGCUACAUUGUGGAGAGGAAGGAGACCAUGGCCAACAGGUGGGUUCGCUGCAACACAGAAAGAAUCCAUCCUAAGGUGGAGUAUUGGGUGACUGACCUCCUGAAAGGCUGCGAGUAUGAGUUCAGGGUCAGUGCUGAGAAUGAAGUGGGAGCUGGAGACCCAAGCCCACCAUCUAAACCUGUCUUUGCCAAAGAUCCCAUUGUGAAACCUAGUCCGCCAGUGAAUCUAAAGGCUAUCGACUUUACCAAGGAGUCAGUUACCCUGUCAUGGGAGCCACCUACCGACACUGGCAGAGGAAAAAUCUUUGGAUACUUGCUGGAGUUCCAGGCAGCUGGAAAGGAGGAAUGGCACAAGGUGAACCAGACUCCAGACUCCUGCAAAGAAACCAAGUUUAAGGUUAUCAACUUGGAAGAUGGUGUUUUGUACCGCUUCAGAGUCAUGGCUGUCAACGCUGCUGGGGAGUCCAACCCAGCCAACAUUACUGAGCCAAUUAGAGUACAGGACAGACUUGAGCCUCCAGAGUUGAUUCUAGAUGCCGGAAUGACCCGAGAAAUUAAGGCCAUGGCUGGCACUCAUAUUGCUCUGAUAGCCGGCAUCAAAGGUGUCCCAUUUCCUACUGUCACCUGGAAGAAGAAUGACGCAGAGGUUCCCCCUCGGGCAGAUAUCGAAACCAACCAGACAGGCACCAAGCUGGAGAUGAGGUUCUGCCAUCGUGGUGACUGUGGAGAUUACACCCUAACUGUGGAGAAUCCAGCUGGAACCAAGACUGUCACCUGCACUGUGCUAGUUCUUGACAAACCUGGUCCUGUCCAGCACCUCCGUGUGUCUGAUGUCAGGAGUGACUCUGCCUACCUGUCCUGGAAAGAUCCAGAGGAUAAUGGUGGUACUCGCAUCACUAACUUUGUGGUAGAGAAGAAAGACACAGCUUCCACUCAGUGGGUCCCUGUCUGCUCUACAUCAAAGAAGCGCAGCAUGAUGUUGAAGCACCUGAUGGAGGGCACGUCCUACUCGUUUAGAGUUGCCGCUGAAAACCAGUUUGGCCGCAGCGAAUAUGUCGAGACACCAAAGGCCAUCAAGGCAAUGAACCCGCUCUUCCCUCCUGGUCCUCCCAAAGACCUGCAUCAUGUUGAUGUGGACAAGACUGAGGUAUGGUUAGCAUGGAACUGGCCUGAUCGCAAUGGAGGAAGUGAAAUCACAGGCUUUCUGGUAGAGUACCAGGAAGAGGGAGAGAAAGAGUGGUAUGAAUGGAAAACCGUCAGCAUCCCUGAGAGUCAUGUGACUGGUCUGGAGGAAGGAAAAACCUACCGCUUCAGAGUGAGGGCUGAGAAUGCCAUUGGCCUCAGCAGACCUGAUACCACAGUGCCUAUCCUCUGCCAGGAGAAACUAGUGCCCCCAAUUGUUGAAGUUGAUGUUAAACUCACUGAGGGCAUCAUUGUGAAGGCCGGGACUACCAUCAGACUGCCAGCUAUAAUGAGAGGAAUCCCUGUCCCAACUGCCAAGUGGUCCAUCGAAGGAGAGGAGAUCACCAGCCAGGGCAACAUUAAGAUUGACACUGAUAAUUUCUCCACUAUUCUCAGCAUUAAUGAGUGCACCAGAAACCACACUGGAACCUACCUGCUCACUGUGUCCAACCCAGCAGGAACCAAGACGGUGGCCUUAAAUGUCACUGUACUCGAUGUUCCAGCUGCUCCGAUUGGACCUGUCAACAUACUGGAGGUCAUGCCAGAUUCCAUGACAAUUGAAUGGCGUCCUCCUAAAGAUGAUGGUGGGACCCCUAUAACCAAUUACAUUGUGGAGAAAAGAGAGUCCAACAAAGAAACGUGGGGAGGUGUGAGUUCUGGUAGCCUUGCCACGAAGCUCCGGAUCACUCGCCUUCAGAAAGGAGUAGAAUAUGUAGUUCGCAUUCGUGCUGAGAACAAGAUGGGCAUUGGUGCCCCUCUGGAGAGCAAGCCCACUGUUGCUGAGCACUCCUUCAUGCCCCCUAGUGCACCUGGUAAGCCACAAUCCUAUGAUACCUCGGAGGAUGCUGUUACACUUGGCUGGACUAUGCCCCUAACUGAUGGUGGCAGUCAGAUCACUGGCUACAUCAUUGAGCGCAGACACAAGGGAGGAAAGUGGAUCCGUGUCAACAAGACACCUUGCAAGGACCUGAGGUACCGAGUCCUGGGCCUCUACGAGGGCAGCGAGUAUGAGUUCAGAGUAUUUGCUGAAAAUAUUGCUGGAUAUAGUGGCCCCUCCCCCAUCUCUGACCCCUGCAAGCCCUGCAGGCCCAUCACUGUCCCGAGUCCCCCUGUCAAUCCUAAAGUUAAAGAUUACAGCAGGGCCACUGCUGACCUGGUGUGGACCAAACCUACCAAAGACGGAGGCAGCCCAAUCCUUGGUUACACUGUGGAGAUGAAGAAAGCUAGCGCUGAAGAAUGGAAAAAAGUCAACCUGGAUGACUUGAUCAAGCAGUGUGCCUACAGGGUGAAGGCUCUGGAAGAGGGUGUGACCUAUAGAUUCAGAGUCUUUGCUACAAACAUGAUUGGAGACGGGGAGCCGAGAGAAAUCCCAGAAUCAGUCACUGCUCAGGAUAUUCUUAUACCUCCAGAGAUUGAGAUGGAGGCCACUUGUCGAGAUUGUGUUACUGUGCGUGUUGGACACAACAUCAACAUCAUUGGUUACAUCAAGGCUCGCCCUGAUCCUGAAGUUUUUUGGUCAAAAGAAGAGACUAUUCUAGAGAACAGCAAACGUGUUACCAUCCUGCAGAAUCUUCCUUUAGUCCACCUAAAGAUCAAGGAAGCUACAAGGAAUGACCAUGGCAAAUAUAUUCUGAAAGCUUCAAAUGAAGGUGGUGAGGCUUCCCGCACAAUCACCGUUAAUGUGCUAGACCGACCCAGCCACUGCCAGAAUCUGAAUGUAACCUAUGUCACCAAGGACUCAUGCAUGAUCAACUGGGAGAGCCCUAAGGACAAUGGUGGAUCCGAGAUCACCAACUACAUUGUGGAGUGCAGAGAGCCUAGUAUUAGCAUGUGGUCUAUGAUCUCUUCCCACUGCACUAAUCGUAAGAUCAAGGCAAAGCUGAUGGAAGGCCAUGAGUACCUGUUCCGUGUCUGUGCUGAGAACAAAAUAGGACCAGGACCCUCCGUGGAGACCAAAACUCCUACAUUGGCCAUUGACCCUAUUGACAAGCCCGGUGAGCCUGAGAACUUCAGAGCAAUUGACAUUGGUAAGAACUAUGUCAAUUUGAGGUGGCGGAAGCCUGACUAUGAUGGUGGAAGCCCCCAUCUGUCCUACAACCUGGAGUGUAAAACUAAAGAUGCGGAGCAGUGGGAAAAACUCAACACCACUACUCUCACAGACACCUUCUUUUUGGCUGAUAAGUGUGUGGAAAAUCAGACGUACACCUUCAGAGUGCAGACUGUCAGUGAAGGAGGUGAGAGUGCCUGGGUAAAACUUGCAGAUAUUCUGGUGAGGGAGGAGAUCCAGAAGCCUGUCAUUGACCUGAAGUUGGCUGGAACACUGACAGUAAAAGCUGGAGAGUCAGUCAGGAUGGAGGCUGCUCUGAGAGGAAAGCCCCAGCCUGAGGUUAAAUGGAUGAAAGAUAAGGCUACUGGAGACAAUCCCAGAAUAAGCUAUGAAACUGGCCCAGACUACUCAAAAUUUCUGAUGACUAAGUCCAAGCGUAGUGACACAGGAAAAUACAUUAUCACUGCCACCAACUCGGCCGGGACUUUCACAGCAUAUGCCAAUGUUAAUGUCCUGGACAUUCCCGGCCCAGUGAGAGACCUGAGGGUUACUGGCAUCGGAGCUGACAAGUGCAGAGUGGUUUGGGAUGCUCCAGAGGAUGAUGGAGGUUGUGAGGUGGACAGCUACAUUCUAGAGAAAUGUGAAACCAGGAGGAUGGUUUGGUCCACAUAUUCAGCCUCUGUGGUCACACCAUACUGCAAUGUCAGUCGUUUGGUGGAGGGCAAUGAAUACAUAUUCAGAGUGAGGGCAGAAAACAAGAUGGGAACUGGCCCUGCCAUGGAGAGUAAGCCUGUAACUGUCAAGACUCAGUUCAACAAACCUGGACCCCCUGAAGCCCCUGAAGUCACCAAGGUGAGUAAAGAUGAGAUGACUGUGGUCUGGGCUCCUCCUGAGAAUGAUGGCGGAAAGUCAAUCACUGGCUACAUCCUUGAAAGGAAAGAGAAGAGGGCAGUGCGCUGGGUGCCCUGCACUAAGAGCCCAAUCUCUGAGAGACGCAUGAAAGUAACCAACUUGAUUCCAAACCAUGAGUACCAGUUCAGAGUGAGAGCUGAGAAUGAUGUCGGUCUGGGAGAUCCCAGUAAACCUUGCAGACCAGUUGCAGCCAAAGAUCCUAUUGAGCCACCUGGUCCCCCUGCAGCCCUGAAGGUGGCCGACAGCACAAAAACCUCUAUCACUCUGUCCUGGUCUAAACCUGUCUAUGACGGUGGCGCCCCCAUUAUUGGCUAUAGCUUGGACCUGAGGCUGAAAAGUGAGGCGGACCCUGAGAAUCCCACAGUGGGCUGGAAGAGAAUUGAUACUCAUGGACCACUGGUGCUCACAGAAUUUACUAUUGGCCAGCUUGAUGAAAAGCAGGAGUAUGAGUUCAAGGUGUCAGCCCAAAACCAGGUGGGCUGGGGACGCCAUGCUUAUUUGAAGGAGGCAGUGUCUCCCAAGGAGAUCCUGGAGGCUCCAGAAAUUGAGCUGGAUGCCAGUCUGAGGAAAGGCCUUUCUGUGAGGGCUGGUUGUCCUAUAAGGCUUUUCGCCGUGAUCAGAGGAAGGCCUGCCCCCAAGGUUACGUGGAAGCGGUUGGGUGUGGACAAUGUAGUCCGCCGAGGUCACGUGGACCAGGUUGACACCAUGUCCUUCCUUGUUAUCCCUGAGAGCACCAGAGAGGAUUCUGGAAAAUAUUCACUCACUCUGUCCAACUCAGCUGGAGAGAAAGCAAUAUUUGUCCGUGUCAAAGUCCUUGACACACCUGGGCCGGUUGGCAGCCUGGAUGCCACUGACAUCACCAAAACAACAGCUCAACUCUCCUGGUUGCCACCAGAGAAUGACGGAGGCAGCCCCAUCCUCAAUUACGUUGUGGAGAAACGAGAGGUUGAUAGGAAGACCUGGACCAAGUGCAUAGAGGACCUGAAGAAGACUAGCUUCAAGGUCACCAACCUCACACCUGGCAUUGAGUAUUACUUCAGAGUCAUGGCCUGCAACAAGUAUGGCAUUGGAGUUCCUCAGGACUCACCCAGGUCCUACUUGGCUGUUGACCCAAUCAGUGAGCCAGACCCUCCAAAGAAGAUGGACGUGUUAGAGAUCACCAAGAACAGUGCUACACUGGGCUGGCUAAAACCACUCAGGGAUGGAGGUGCCAAAAUCAAUGGUUAUGUGGUGGAUUACCAGGAGGAGGGUGCACCUGAGGACAAAUGGACACCAUAUUCUGUGGUCAAAGACCUGACUAUCGUGGUAGUUGGUCUGAAAGAAGGAAAGAAGUAUAAGUUCAGAGUGGCUGCUAGGAACUCAGUGGGAGUCAGUUUGGCUCGAGAGGCUGAGGGAAUGUUUGAAGUUAAGGAGCAGCUCAUGGCUCCAAAGAUAAUCAUGCCUGACAUUGUGACAGUCAGAGCUGGAUCCAAGAUGACGAUUGAGGCUAUUGUGGCAGGUAAACCUGCUCCCGUCUGCAAGUGGAAGCAGGGCAAUGAGGAUGUGCUGACCUCUGAUCGCCUGUCCAUUGUAAAGACGCUGACAACUACCACACUUAUUAUAAAGAAUGUAACAAGAAAGGAUAGUGGUUACUACAGCCUGUCAGCUGAGAACAGUACUGCCAAGAUUAAUCAGAUCCUCAAAGUCAUCGUCAUGGACAUCCCUGGACCCCCUGAAGCUCCUUUGGAGAUCACUGAACUGGACAUAGAUGCGUGCACACUGCUCUGGAACUCGCCACAGGAGGAUGGUGGUAGCAACAUCACCAACUACAUUGUAGAGAAGUGUGAUGUUAGCCAGGGUGAUUGGGUCACCAUUUCUACAUCUUGCACAAAGACGAGCUUCAGAAUGACCAAACUGACACCUGGCAAAGAGUACAGCUUCCGUGUUCGUGCUGAAAACAGGUUUGGCGUCUCUGAGCCUACCUACUCUGAGAGGAUGAUUGCCAGAUAUCCAUUUGAUCCUCCGAGUGAACCCAGAAACCUGCAGAUAAACAAGGUCAACAAGGAUUUCGUCAUCCUAUCAUGGGAGCGUCCCAGCACUGAUGGUGGGAGCCCCAUCACUGGAUAUUGCAUUGAAAAGAAGGAGAGGAAUAGCCUUCUGUGGGUAAAGGCUAAUGAGACUCUGGUCAAAGCCACUCAGUACACCUGCACAGGCCUGAUUGAAGGCCUGGAGUACAGCUUCAGGGUGUCAGCACAAAACCAGGCUGGACAGGGCAAACCUUGUAAACAGACAGACUUCAUCACUGCCAGGACUGCUGUCGACCCACCAGGAAAACCCGAGCCCAUGGAUGUGACCAAGAACACUGUAUCAUUAGUGUGGGGCCGUCCAAAGCAUGACGGUGGCAGCAAGUUGAUUGGCUACUACGUGGAAUACACAAAGCUUCCAGAAGAGAAGUGGACUCGCUGCAAUGCCAACUGCAUGAACAUCCAGACAGAGAACUAUGUGGUGACUAACCUAGAGGAGGGUCAACAAUACCAGUUUAGAGUCAUCGCCAAGACCGCAAUUAACAUCAGCCUUCCAUCCGAGCUAUCUGACCCUAUUCCUGUCAUCGCAGAGAAUGUUGCUCCUCGUGUGGAAGUGGGUGUUAACAUGAAAAACCUGAUUGUGGUGAAAGCUGGAGAAAAUGUCUUCCUGGAUGCUGAGGUCUUUGGCAAACCACUUCCCAAAGUGAGCUGGAAGAAGGAUGGAGUACCUCUGGUCCUUGCUGAGGGAAUGAAGAUGUCACAAAAGAAACAUGUUCAUCUGCUGGAGCUAUACUCUGUCACCAGGAAAGAGACUGGGGACUACACUAUCACAGCUGAAAAUGUCAAUGGCACCAAGUACGCCACCAUAAAGGUCAAAGUACUCGACAAACCAGGCCCUCCAGCCUCAGUGAAAAUUACUAAGGUGUUUGCUGACCGUGUUAAGCUGCGAUGGGAGCCACCACUUGCAGAUGGCGGUUCUGAAAUCACUAACUACAUCAUUGAGAAGCGUGAGACUAGCAGGGCCAACUGGGCACUGGUCACCUCAAACAUCCAUGGACACAUCACUGACUGUUCAGUGGAGAAGCUUAUUGAAGGACAUGAAUAUCAGUUCCGAGUCAGUGCUGAGAACCAGUAUGGUGUGGGAGAUCCCAUUAUGACUGACGGUGUCACGGUCAAGAAUCCUUAUGAUGUUCCUGGUCCAUGUGAGCCACCUGUCAUCACCAACAUCACAAAGAACUCCAUGACAGUCAGCUGGAAGGCUCCAGCCAAUGAUGGCAAGUCUCCCAUCCUUGGCUACAUGUUGGAGAAACGUGAGGCCACUGAGCUGAGCUGGGCUAAGGUUAACCGCCGACCAGUCAUUGAUAGGACCAUUAAGGCCACUCAACUGACUGAGGGCUCUGAAUAUGAGUUCAGAGUAAUUGCUAUAAACAAGGCUGGUCUUGGGAAACCCAGCGACGCUUCAAAUGGUGCCCUGGCUGUUGACCCUGUCUAUCCUCCCGGGCCACCUGCCUUCCCCAAGGUGGUGGACUCUACCAAGACGUCAAUUAGCCUUAGCUGGACCAAACCAGCAUAUGAUGGUGGCUGUGAGAUCAUUGGAUACUUGGUUGAAUGCAAGCGAGUUGAUGCAGAGAGCUGGACAAGAUGCAAUGUGCCAAAGAAACUCCAGGCCACAAAAUUCUUGCUGACAGGCCUGAUGGACAACACUGAGUACCAGUUCAGAGUCACGGCUGUUAACAAGAUUGGCUACAGUGAGCCCAGCGAGGUGCCUGGAAACUACAUGCCUAAGGAUAUCCUAAUUGCUCCUGAAGCUGAGCUUGACGCUGACCUGAGAAAAGCUUUGGUUCUGCGAGCUGGAGUAACCAUGAGGCUCUAUGUACCACUGAGAGGACGCCCAGCACCGAAGGUGACAUGGACUAAAGUUGAUGCUAAUUUGAAGGAAAGGCAAGGACUACUGAUCAAGACAUCGGACUGGGACACCCUACUGAUGAUUGAGGAUGUUAACAGAUAUGAUUCUGGCAAAUAUGUUCUGUCACUGGAGAACAGCAGUGGCUCUAAGAGCUACACCAUCGUAGUAAAGGUCCUUGAUUCUCCAGGCCCACCCUUAAACCUGACUGUGAAGGAAACCUCCAGAACCCAUGCCUGCAUCACCUGGGAUGCCCCACUGAUUGAUGGUGGUAGUCCAGUUAAGAACUACAUCGUAGAGAAACGUUUGGCUGAGAGGAAAGCCUGGACCUGUGUGUCAGCAGAUUGUCCUAAGAUUUCCUUCAGGAUCACCAACCUGGAGGCAGGACAGGCCUACUGCUUCAGAGUUCUAGCUGAAAAUGCAUACGGCAUUGGAGAAGGCUGUGAGACCCCAGGCAGCAUCAGGGCCUCUGAGCAACCUGGUCCAGUGACAGACUUCAAAGCUCAGAAGACUACAAAGAACUCUAUCACCCUGUCCUGGAAGAAGCCAAUCAAUGAUGGUGGAAGUUAUAUUACUGCAUACAUCUUGGAGCAGGGUGAAGGCGAGGAGAAGUGGAAGCAGAUCGUGAAAGGCAAGAAUACCUCACACACUAUUGGAGAACUGACAGAAGGCAAGGAGUAUUCUUUCAGGGUCAAGGCACUCAACGAGUCUGGAGAGGGACCACCCACUGAGCUCACUGCUGUUGCAAAGGACCAAUUUGUGCUACCCAACUGCAACUUAAGCAAUCUGCACGAUGGCUGCUGUGUGGUUAAGGAGGGCAGCACAACACGCAUUAACAUCCCCAUCACUGGAGUUCCAAACCCCACUGCUACCUGGAAGAAGGGCGAUAUGGGACUGGGUGAUACUGGCCGGAUGUGUGUUGAAGCAUCUCAGGGUAUCACCACCUUACUGAUUCGAGACUGCCAGAGAGGAGAUGCUGACACCUACACUAUAAACGUCAGGAACAGUGCUGGCUCAAAGGACUGCAAGUUCCAGCUGAAGGUGGUUGGCAAACCCGGUAUCUGCACUGGACCCAUUACAUUUGAUGAGAUAACUGCCGAUGCCAUCACACUAGAGUGGGGACCACCCAAAGAUGAUGGUGGUGCAGAGGUGUCUAAUUACAUUGUGGAGAAGAGGAGAACAACAGAUAACAAGUGGGCUACAGUGGCUUCUGCCAUCCAGAAGACCACCAUGAGAGUGAUCAGACUCCACGAAGGGAUAGAAUACAUCUUUAGAGUGUUCGCUGAGAACAAGUAUGGGGUUGGAGAACAUCUGAGGUCUGACCCAGUCGUUGCCCAGCAUCCCUUCAAUGUUCCCGGGGCACCUGCUCCACCAGAAAUUGUGAGCAUCAGGCAUGAAUCAGCCAUCUUGACUUGGGUUGAUCCAAAGGACACUGGCGGUGCCCCAGUUACUGGAUAUCACAUAGAGUAUAAGGAAAAGAACAGUCUGAUGUGGAAGCGGGCAAGUAAGACUCCUCUGAGAGUAAAAGAAUGUAGAGUCACUGGACUGACAGAAGGAUUAGAAUAUGAGUUCAGGGUAAUGGCCAUGAACAUGGCUGGCCUGGGAAAGGCUAGCAAAGUCACUGAGGCCGUGGUUGCCCUGGAUCCUAUUGAUCCUCCUGGCAAGCCUGAAGUAAUCAGUAUCACCAGGAGCACAGUCACUCUGAUGUGGACAGCUCCCAAAUAUGACGGUGGCUACAAGCUUACUGGUUAUAUCAUAGAGAAACUUGAGGCCAGUGGUAAGGCCUGGAUGAAAGCAAAUCAUGUCAACAUUCAGGGCUGUGCUUUUACCGUCACUGACCUGACUGAAGGAUCCCAGUAUGAAUUUAGAGUCAGAGCCAGGAAUGCUGCAGGUGCCAUCAGUAUUCCUUCAGAGCCUACUCCGCUUUUGACCUGCAAGGAUGAAUAUGAGCCUCCAACCAUCACUAUUGACCCAGAAAUGAAAGAUGGUAUAGCCAUCAGAGCAGGAGACACAAUUGUAAUCUCAGCUUCUAAAAUUGUGGGCAAACCUCCACCUACUGCAGCGUGGUCCAAGGGAGGACGUGAGUUGAAGACUUCUGACAUUGUCACCAUCACCAGUACCCCAACCUCCUCUACUCUGGCUAUUAAGUACGCAAGUCGGAAGAACACAGGGGAGUACACUAUCACUGCCAGCAACCCCUUUGGCAUUAAGGAAGAACAUGUUAAGGUGAAGGUCUUAGAUGUUCCUGGACCUCCAGGCCCGAUUGAAGCCAGUAACAUUUCAGCCGAAAAGUGUACCCUGACCUGGCUUCCACCGGAGGAGGAUGGAGGCUCUUCUAUCAAAUCCUACAUCCUUGAGAAGAGAGAAACCAGCCGACUACAGUGGACCAAACUAGCUGAAAAUGUCGUGGAUUGCAGACACGUAGUCAGCAAACUGAUUAAAGGCAACGAAUACAUUUUCAGAGUGUCUGCUGUGAACCAGUAUGGCACAGGAGAUUCAACCCAGUCUGGUCCAGUCAAAAUGGUUGAUAGUUUCUCCCCACCAGGUCCGCCCUCAACCCCAGACAUUGAUAAUGUUAGUAGGAAUGCUGUCACCAUUUCAUGGAAGAGACCAGUACGAGAUGGGGGAAGUGACAUUAGAGGAUACUGUGUUGAGAGGAAAGAAAGAAAAGGACUGAGAUGGGUCAGAGCCUGUAAGCGGACUAUCCCUGACCUGCGGUUUAAGGUGCAAGGCCUGAGUGAGGGAGUAGAGUACGAGUUUAGAGUCACUGCUGAGAACAAGGCUGGAUUUGGGGAGCCAAGUGAACCAUCGCGCCCUGUCAUGACAAAAGAUAUUGUGUAUCCACCCGGUCCCCCAUCCAACCCUAGAAUUACAGAAACCACCAAAACCUCAGCCACAUUCACCUGGGGCCGACCCCACUAUGAUGGUGGUCUUGAAGUAGAGGGCUACAUUGUUGAAUAUAAAAAGGAAGGACAUGAUGAUUGGGAGACAGAGACACAGUACCCACUGAAAGCUUCAGAAUACGUGAUUGGUAAACUUCAAAAAGGAGGCAAAUACCACUUCAGGGUUAGUGCUGUAAACUCUGAGGGAAUAGGCGAGCCUGCGGAGGUUGAGAAAGUGACUGAAUUGGUGGACCAGGAGAUGUUGCCAGACUUUGAGCUGGAUGCUGAACUCAGAAGAACUCUGGUAGUUAGGGUUCGUGCUUCAAUCCGUAUGUUUGUUCCUAUCAAGGGCCGUCCUGUCCCUGAAGUCACAUGGAGUAAAGAUGAUACUAACCUGAAAACACGUGCACAUAUUGACACCACAGAGUCAUACACUCUUCUGGUUAUUCCUGACUGCACAAGAUAUGAUGCUGGAAAGUACCACCUUUGUCUAGAGAAUGUUGCUGGAAAGAAGACUGGGUUUGUUAAUGUGAAAGUUCUGGAUACACCAGGACCACCAGUCAAUCUCAAACCUAGAGAGAUCGCGAAGAACAGCAUCACCCUACAGUGGGAAAUUCCCAUUAUUGACGGUGGUUCUAAGAUUCGUAACUACAUUAUUGAGAAAAGAGCAGCCACUAAGAAGGCCUACACAGUGCUUAGCACCACAUGGCAGAAGUGUUCCUUCAAGAUUCCAGACCUCGAGGAGGGAGCUUACUACUAUUUCCGUGUCUCAGCUGAGAAUGACCUGGGUGUGGGUGAGCCAGCUGAAACCCCAGAGCCAAUCAGGGUAUCCCAGGCCCCCUCUGCCCCAGAAAAUUUGUAUGUCACCGAUGUUACCUCUGAUAGUGCCAGCCUUGCAUGGACCAAGCCUUUACAUGAUGGUGGCAGCUUGAUCACUGGGUAUGUCAUUGAGGCUCAAAAGAAGGACACUGAUCAGUGGGUCCAUGUGGCCACCAUUAAGGCUCUGGAUUAUACUGUUACAGAUCUAAUUGAGGGUGCUGAAUAUACCUUCCGUAUAAUGGCAGUCAAUGCAUCAGGCAGGAGUGAUCCCCGUGAGAGCAGACCAGCUGUUAUCAAAGAGCAGACUUCUGCUCCUUCAUUUGACCUGCGUGGGGUCUACCAGAAAACGAUCAUUGCUAAGGCAGGAGAUCGGUUGAAGGUGGAGAUUCCAGUGUUGGGCAAACCAAGGCCUGUAGUUUCAUGGAAGAAAGGAGAUACAGUGGUCAAGGAGACACAAAGACUCAACAUUGAAACUACACUAACAUCAACUAUUCUCAACAUCAAUGAGAUAAAAAGGACAGAUGGAGGCCAGUAUUCUAUGACUGGUAAAAACAUGCUGGGGACAAUGACAGAGACAAUCACAAUCCUGGUUCAUGACAUUCCUGGACCUCCAACUGGUCCUAUUAAGCUGGAAGAAAUUUCAUGUGAUUAUGUGCUGAUGUCCUGGGACCCACCAGAAAAUGAUGGAGGUGUUCCUAUUAACAACUAUAUUGUUGAGAUGCGGGAGACCACUGGUACUUCAUGGGUAGAGCUGGCAGCUACAGUCAUCCGCACCACAUUUAAGGCAGCCAGACUCACUACUGGAACUCAGUAUCAGUUCCGCAUCAAGGCCCAGAACAGAUAUGGGAUUGGACCAAGCAUUAUCUCUGAACCAGUGGUAGCUGUCUAUCCAUUUGAUGUACCAAGCCAGCCUGGCACUCCCGUGGUCACCUCUUUCAACAAGGAUGCUAUGACCCUUAGUUGGAAUGAGCCAUCCUCUGAUGGAGGUAGUGCCAUUCUGGGCUAUCAUGUGGAAAGGAAAGAGAAAAACAGUAUUCUGUGGCAGAGGAUCAGCAAAGCCCUUGUUGUUGGAAAUCUAUUUAAAUCAACAGGCCUUAUUGAUGGAAUUGCAUAUGAACACCGUGUUAUUGCUGAAAAUAUGGCUGGUCUCAGCAAAGCCAGCAAACCCUCUGAGCCCAUGUAUGCUUUGGACCCAGUUGAUCCACCAGGCAGGCCAGUAGCACUAAAUAUUACUAGGCAUGAAGUGACCUUGUCAUGGACCAAGCCAGAGGGAGAUGGAGGAUUUUCUAUUACUGGAUACACUGUAGAGAGGAGGGAGAUGCCCAAUGGACGUUGGCUCAAAGCAAACUUCAACAACAUUCUGGAAACUAUCUACACAGUCAGUGGUCUAACUGAAGAUGCAACCUAUGAAUUCCGUGUGUUUGCUAGGAACUCAGCUGGUGCUGUUAGUGCUCCAUCCCAGUCAUCUGAAGCAAUCUUGUGCAGAGAUGACAUUGAAGAGCCCCGGCUUGAUGUAGAUGCAUCAUAUAGCAGCACUGUUGUUGUCAUGGCAGGAGAGGUAUUCAAGCUGGAAGCCAGUGUAACUGGAAGGCCAAUCCCAUCUCUGGUAUGGACCAAAGAAGGAAAAGAGCUUGAGGAUACAGCCAAAAUUGAGAUAAAAACAUCCGAGUUCCACACAACUUUAACAAACAAAGAUUCGCUCAGGAGGGAUGGUGGUGCUUUCACUUUGAUUGCGAGCAAUCCUGGUGGCUUUGCUAAGUUCAUAUACAAUGUCAAGGUGUUAGAUAGACCAGGACCUCCCAACUCCCUCACUGUAACAGAUGUUACUGCUGAGAAAUGUGUCCUUAAUUGGCUCCAUCCAACACAUGAUGGUGGUGCCAAGAUUGAGUACUUUAUCAUUCAGAGACGAGAGACCAGCAGGUUGGCUUGGACAAAUGUGGCCACAGACCUUCAAGCUAAUAGGUUCAAGGUCACCAAGCUUCUAAAGGGCAAUGAAUACAUUUUCAGAGUUAUGGCUGUUAACAAGUAUGGUGUGGGUGAACCUGUGGAGUCGGAACCUGUCAUCUGUGCCAACCCCUAUGUACCCAGUGACCCACCACAGCAGCCUGAAGUCACCAUAAUCACCAAGGACUCUAUGGUUGUCUGCUGGGAUCGCCCUGAACAUGAUGGUGGCAGUAGAAUAAACACAUACAUAAUUGAAAGACGGGACAAAACUGGCCUGCGCUGGGUGAAGUGCAACAAGAGGACUGUAACUGACUUGCGAUUCAAAGUCUCAGGCCUCACACCAGGGCAUGAAUAUGAAUUCAGAGUUCUUGCUGAGAAUAAUGCUGGGCUAAGUCAGCCCAGUCCUUCCAGUCCAUUCUACAAAGCCAUUGACACCAUCUUCCAACCUGGACCUCCAGGGAACCCCAGAGUGCUGGACACAACCAAGUCUUCUAUCACACUUGCAUGGAACAAGCCUGUCUAUGAUGGUGGCUCAGAAAUCACUGGUUACAUAGUGGAGACCUGCCUGCCUGAGGAGGAUGAAUGGACAAUUCACACUCCCAAGAAUGGUUGGACAGCCACUUCUUUCACCAUCACCAAUUUGAGGGAAAACCAAGAGUAUAAAAUCAAUAUUUCUGCCACUAAUUGUGAAGGAGUGGGAGAGCCUGCAGCUGUUCCUGGAACACCCAAGGCUGAAGACAGACUAGUUCCUCCAGAAAUUGAACUUGGAGCAGAACUACGUAAGGUGGUCUGCAUCAGAGCCUGCAGCACACUCAGACUUUUUGUCCCUAUCAAGGGAAGACCAGCACCUGAAAUAAAAUGGUCUAGAGAGCAUGGAGAAUCUCUAGAUAAAGCUAACAUUGAAAUCACCUCAUCAUUCACCACUCUUCAGGUAGAAAAUGUUGACAGAUUCGAUGGGGGUAAAUACAUUGUGACUGUAGAGAAUGCCUCAGGAAGUAAGACAGCCUUUGUUAAUGUCAGAGUGCUAGACAGUCCUGGAGCGCCUCAAAAUCUGAUUGUCAGGGAGGUCACUAGAGAUUCAGUUUCUCUUGCUUGGGAUGCUCCUGUCAUUGAUGGUGGUUCCAGAGUCCGCAAUUACAUUGUGGAGAAGCGUGAAUCAACCAGAAAGGCUUAUUCAACUGUGUGUGCCAGCUGCCAUAAGUCAAGUUGGAAAGUUGGAGACCUAGAGGAGGGAAAGAUGUACUUCUUCAGAAUUUUGGCUGAAAAUGAAUAUGGCAUUGGCCUCCCAGUAGAGACUCUUGAACCAAUUAAAGCAUCAGAGAGGCCUCUUCCCCCAGGCAAAGUGUCUCUUCGUGAAGUUACCAGCAAAAGUGUCACAUUAAGUUGGGAAAAGCCUGACCAUGACGGUGGAAGCAGAAUCACUGGCUAUAUAGUUGAGAUGCAGGGAAAAGGCAGUGAGAAGUGGACCCAGGUCAUGGUUGUAAAAAGCAAUGAAGCUCAUGUUACUGGCCUUACACAGGGAGAAGAGUAUACAUUCCGUAUUUCAGCCGUUAAUGAAAAGGGAGCCAGUGACCCCCGCUCUCUCAAUGUACCUGUGGUUGCCAAGGAUCUGGUCAUCUCACCAACCUUCAAACUUCUUUUCAGCACAUUUAGUGUGCUAGCAGGGGAUGAUCUGAAAAUAGAUGUACCAUAUGCUGCCCAUCCCAAGGCUACAGCAACUUGGCUCAAAGAUGGUGUUGCUCUCAAAGAGACGACAAGAGUGAAUGCAGAUACCACAGACAAAAAUCUUCUCCUGGUUAUUAAGGAGGCUUGCAGAGAUGAUGUGGGAACAUAUACUGUCAAACUUACUAACACAGCUGGAGAGGCAUCUACAGAUAUCAGUGUUAUUGUUUUAGAUAAGCCUGGACCUCCAACUGGCCCAAUUAAGCUAGAUGAGGUCACUGCUGAUAGCGUGAUCCUGUCCUGGGAUCCACCUCAGUAUGAUGGCGGUUGUGCCAUCAAUAAUUACAUCGUUGAGAAGAGAGACACAUCUACCACUAACUGGCAGAUUGUGUCAGCUACAGUAGCCAGAACCACUAUCAAGGCAGCACGUCUGAAAACUGGAUCUGAGUACCAAUUCAGGAUUGCUGCAGAGAACAGAUAUGGCAAAUCUUCAGCCCUGUUAUCUGAUACUAUUGUUGCUCAGUAUCCUUUUGAGGUUCCUAGUUCACCACGUUCUGUUACCGUUCAGUCAACCACCAAGGAAAGUAUGGUGGUUGUAUGGGAAAAACCCAGCAAUGAUGGUGGAAGCAAGAUUUUGGGAUACCAUUUAGAGCUAAAAGAGAGAAACAAUAUAUUGUGGGUGAAACAGAACAAACAACUUGUCCCAGAAACAAGAUUCAAGGUUAUUGGCCUGGAGGAGGGUAUUGAAUAUGAGUUCAGAGUUUAUGCUGAGAACAUUGUUGGCCUCAGCAAAGCCAGCAAAGUGAGUGAAAUACAAGUUGCCCGAGAUCCUUGUGACAGACCAGGAAAACCAGAAGCUGUCAUUGUAACACGAAACCAAGUGACACUAAGAUGGACAAAACCCCAAUAUGAUGGUGGAAUCAAGAUCACAGGUUAUAUUAUUGAGAAGAAGGAGGGAGCUGGUCGGUGGAUGAAGGCCAGUUUCACCAACAUCACUGAAACAGAAUUUGUUGUCACAGGACUUAUUGAGAAUCAGAUUUAUGAAUUCCGUGUCAUUGCCAAAAAUGCAGCAGGUGUUUUUAGCCAGCCAUCUGAUUCUACUGGAGCCAUCACUGCCAAGGAUGAGGUGGAUCCACCCAAAAUUGACUUGGAAGCUAAAUACUCCCAAGCUGUGGUAGUUAAUGCUGGAGAGACAUUUAAACUUGAGGCUACUGUUUAUGGUAAACCCGUACCCACAAUUCACUGGCUGAAAGAGGGCCAGGAGAUCACCGAAGCAGCUCGCUUAGAGCUUAAGAACACAGAUUUUACAGCUUGUCUGGUUGUUAAAGAAGCCAUCCGUGUUGAUGGAGGUCAGUACAUACUUCUAGUAAAGAAUGUUGGAGGAGAGAAAUCUGUUAACAUUAAUGUUAAGGUUUUAGACAGACCUGGUGCACCCGAAGGCCCUAUAUCCAUUUAUGGUGUCACUAAUGAAAAAUGCUCAAUUUCCUGGAAACCUCCCUUGCAAGAUGGAGGAAGUGAUGUUUCCCAUUAUACUGUUGAGAGGAGGGAAACCAGCAGAUUGGUUUGGACUGUAGUUGAACCAAAAGUUCAGACACUGAACUUGAAGAUCACCAAAUUACUUCCUGGUAAUGAAUAUAUUUUCAGAGUGAUUCCUGUUAACAAAUAUGGAGUUGGAGAGCCACUGGAAUCUGAGCCAAUGGUUGCCAGGAAUCCAUUUGUCACUCCCAACCCACCAACAAAUGUGGAAGUUUCCACAAUCACCAAAGACUCUAUGGUGGUGACCUGGGAGAGACCAACUAAUGAUGGUGGCAGCCCAAUCCAGGGAUACAUUGUUGAGAAACGUGACAAGGAUGGUGUGCGAUGGACUAGAUGCAACAAGCGCAAUAUUAGUGAGCUGCGCUUUAGAGUAACAGGGCUUCUUGAAAACCAUAGCUAUGAAUUCAGAGUUGCUGCUGAGAAUGCUGCAGGUGUUGGCAUGCCUAGUGCACCAACAGUGUACUACAAAGCACUGGAUCCUGUCUUCAAACCAGGCCCACCAAACAACCCCAAGGUGGUAGACACAUCUAGAUCCACUGUUUCCCUAACAUGGGGCAAACCCAUCUAUGACGGUGGCUGCGAGGUUCAGUCUUACAUUGUAGAGGCAUGCAAUGGUGCAUCUGAUGAGUGGUUUAUGUGUACUCCACCAACUGGAAUCAUGGACACAAAAUAUACUGUGAAAAAACUUCUGGAAAAGCAUGAGUACCAAUUUAGAGUGUGUGCAAUCAACAAGGUUGGUGUUGGUGAGCAUGCUGAUGUUCCUGGAAAAAUUCUUUUGGAGGAGAAACUUGAAGCACCUGAUCUUGAUCUUGAUGCAGAUAUGAGAAAGAUGAUCAACAUCAGAGCAGCAAGUACGCUCAGAUUGUUUGUUCCUGUAAGGGGUCGUCCAGCUCCGGAGGUGAAAUGGGGCAAGGCUGAUGGUGAGAUUAAGGAGACUGCUCAGAUUGACAAUACAGGCAGCUAUGCAUCACUUGUCAUUGAGAAUGUUGACAGAUUUGAUAGUGGCAAGUACACCCUGACUGCUGAGAAUGCUAGUGGAGUAAAAUCAGUCUUCAUAAGUGUCAGAGUCCUGGACUCCCCUAGUCCACCAACUAACUUCGUGGUGAAAGAGAUUACCAAGAAUUCUGUCACUCUCACAUGGGAGCCUCCACAUCUGGAUGGUGGCUCAAAGAUUAAGUACUACAUUGUUGAAAAGCGUGAGAGCACCAGGAAAGUGUACUCUCCCAUCACUACAUGUAACAAGAUGUCAUGGAAAGUUGAACCUCUUCCAGAGGGUGGAAUCUUUUUCUUUAGAGUAUUGGCUGAGAAUGAAUAUGGUGUGGGUCUCCCUGCUAAAACUAUAGAACCAGUUAAGAUAUCUGAGAAACCUCAGCCACCCGGCAAGGUCAGUGUUGUUGACGUUACUCACAGCACUGUAACUUUAACUUGGGAAAAGCCUCUGCACGACGGUGGUAGUAGAAUCACCCACUAUGAAGUUGAACUAGCUCCCAAGGACAGUGAAACUUGGUCUAUAUGUGCUAGUGUGAAAGCACUGGAAACAUUAGUGACAAACCUUCUCAAGGGAGAGGAGUACCAGUUCAGAGUUGUUGCUGUAAAUGACAAGGGCAAAAGUGACCCGCGACAGUUGGCUCAUUCAGUUAUAGCAAAGGACCUUGUUAUUGAACCUGCUGUUAGACCCAAGGCAAGUUCUUAUAGUGUCCAGGUGGGGUAUGACCUCAAGAUAGAUGUCCCAGUCGCUGGUCACCCUAAACCAAUUAUCACCUGGACCAAAGAUGGCGUAGCCCUUAAGCAGACUACCAGAGUCAAUGUCACCGACUCAGCACAAACUACCACUCUUACCAUAAAGGAUGCUACCAGAGAAGAUGGAGGUAUGUACACUAUCAGUGUCUCCAAUGACCUUGGUUCAAAGAAUGCAACUGUAGAGGUGAUCACCUUGGACAAACCAGGCCCACCCACAGGCCCUGUAAAGUUGGAGGAUAUCAGUGCUGAGAGCAUCACCCUCAGCUGGGAACCUCCUACAUACACAGGUGGUUGUCCAAUCUCAAACUAUGUGGUGGAGAAGAGAGACACAACCACAACAAACUGGUCGGUUGUGUCUGCCACUGUGGCUAGAACCACUCUAAAAGUCAGCAAUCUGAAGACAGGCACUGAGUACCAGUUCAGAAUUUAUGCUGAAAAUAGAUAUGGAAAGAGCUAUGCAAUUGAUUCACAGCCUGUUGUGGCACAGUAUCCAUUCCAGGAGCCAGGACCACCAGGAACACCAUUUGUUUCUUCAUACACUAAAGACUACAUGGUAGUUGAGUGGCAUAAACCCCCAAGUGAUGGUGGCAGUGCCAUCUUGGGCUACCAUCUGGAAAGGAAAGAAAGGAACAGUAUCCUCUGGACAAAGAUAAACAAAAUGCUCAUCCAAGAUUGUAGAUUCAAAUCUACUCCACUCGAGGAAGGCAUUGAGUAUGAGUAUAGAGUCUAUGCAGAGAACAUUGUUGGCAUUGGUGAGUGUAGCAAAGUGUCUGAGGUUUAUGUUGCCCGUGAUCCAUGUGAUCCUCCUAGCCGUCCUGAGGCUGUGAUUGUGACCAGGCACUCAGUGAAACUCAAGUGGAACCCCCCAGAGUACGAUGGUGGGAGUUUAGUUACAGGUUAUCUAGUAGAGAAACGUGAUCUUCCUGAAGGAAAAUGGAUGAAGGCUAGCUUCACAAACAUCAUUGAACAUGAAUUCACAGUUACUGGCCUGACAGAAGAUAGCAAAUAUGACUUCAGAGUAAUUGCAAAGAAUGCUGCAGGUGCCGUUAGCAAGCCCUCUGAGAGCACAGGGUCCAUAACUGCUAAGGAUGAAGUUGUCCCACCUAAGAGUGAGACAGAUCCUAUGUACAACCAGACCAUUGUCAUAAAUGCAGGAGAGACAUUCAAUCUUGAGGCCAGUGUGGAAGGAAAGCCUAUUCCAACUGCUCAGUGGUUCAAGGGGAAUCUUGAAGUUGAAAACUCAGCAAGAGUGGAGAUCAGAAACACAGAUUUUAAAGCUUUGCUUGUUGUAAAGGAUGCUAUCAGAGUUGAUGGUGGACAGUAUACUCUGGUUCUCACAAAUGUGGCAGGAAGUAAGACUAUCCCCUUCAGUGUGAAGGUUCUGGACAGACCAGGGCCUUCAGAAGGACCUCUUACUAUCAGCAAUGUUACUGAGGAAAAAUGCUCACUGUCAUGGCUGCCACCCAGGCAUGACGGAGGCGCCAGCAUUUCUCACUACAUCAUCCAGAAAAGAGAAACUAGCCGCUUGGCAUGGACUGUGGUCUGCAGUGAUUGUAAAGCUACCAUGUUUAAAGUUACAAAGCUACUGAAGGGAAAUGAGUACAUCUUCAGAGUCAUGGCUGUCAACAAAUAUGGCACAGGUGAGCCGCUUGAAUCAGCACCAGUUAUCAUGAGAAAUCCAUUUGUUCCACCUGGCGCACCUCAGGAUCUUGAGAUCACAAACAUCACCAGGGAUUCUAUGACUGUAUGUUGGAGCCGUCCUGAGACAUCAGGAGGCAGUGACAUUGUUGGCUACAUUGUUGAGAAAAGAGACAGAGCAGGAGUGAGGUGGACCAAGUGCAACAAACGCAGAGUGACAGACUUGCGUUUCAGAGUAACAGGACUGACUGAGGACCAUGAAUAUGAAUUCAGGAUAUCUGCUGAGAAUGCAGCUGGAGUGGGCCAGCCAAGUCCAUCGACACCCUAUCUUAAGGCAUGUGACCCCACCUUUGAGCCAGGCUGUCCCACCAAUGUCCAUGUGGUAGACACUACUAGAGACUCCAUUAGUCUGGCUUGGCACAGACCUAUCUAUGAUGGUGGCUGUGAGAUUCAAGGCUACGCUGUGGAAAUAACCAAGGCUGAUGAGGAGGAAUGGGCCAUAUGCACCCCACCUUGUGGAGUCAAUGCUACCAAGUUUACCAUCAAAAAGUUGAUUGAACACCAAGAAUACAAGGUCCGCAUUUGUGCCAUCAACAAGGUGGGUGUUGGUGAGCCCACUGAGAUCCAGGGAGUCGUUAAACCUAUGGAUAAGAUUGACCCUCCAGAAGUGAUUCUGGAUUCAGAGCUCAGAAAGGGAAUAGUUGUCCGUGCAGGAGGCUCGAUGAGAGUCUGCAUUCCAUUCAAAGGCCGUCCUACUCCUGAGAUAAACUGGGCCAAAGAGGAUGGAGAGCUACCCAGUAAAGUUCAGAUUGAGACUGGUGAAGAUUACACACAGCUCUCAAUUGAAAUCUGUGACAAAUAUGAUGCUGGAAAGUACGUGCUCAAUUUAGAAAAUAGUGCUGGCACCAAAUCAGCUUUUGUUUCCGUUAAGGUGCUAGACACUCCAGGGGCUCCUUUAAACCUAACAGUAACAGACAUCAAGAGGGAAAGUGUGACUCUGACCUGGGAGCCUCCUCUUAUUGAUGGUGGUGCAAGAAUCAAGAAUUACCUUGUUGAAAAGAGGGAGUCCACAAGGAAGGUUUACUCUAAUGUGGACAACAAGUGCACAAAGACAAGCUAUCGUAUAACUGGCCUGACAGAGGGAACUAUAUAUUAUUUCAGAGUCUUAGCAGAGAAUGAGUUUGGUGUGGGACAGCCAGCUGAGACAGAAGAAUCAGUAAAAACAUCUGAGCCCCCCCUGCCUGUGGGUAAGGUCACGUUGACCGAAGUGACAAAAACAACUGCUUCACUCUCCUGGGAGAAGCCAGAUUAUGAUGGAGGUAGCAGAAUCAUUGGUUACUACAUUGAGAUGCAGCCUGUGGGCUCAGAGGAAUGGGUGGUAGCUGCCACAUGCAAAACUUGUGAAGGCACUGUCACAGGCCUCAGUGCAGGACACGAGUACCUAUUUAGAAUCUUAGCCUUCAAUGAGAAGGGCAAGAGUGACCCUAGACCUUUGGCUGCGCCAGUCACUGCUAAAGAUAUAACCAUUGAACCCAAAUUCAAGAUUCAAUUUAACACUUAUAGUUUACAGCACGGUGAGGAUUUGAAGAUUGAGAUUCCAGUGAUUGGACGACCUGUUCCCAAGGUUGAAUGGAAGAAGGAUGGACAAGCUCUUAAAGAGACAACAAGAAUUAAUGUUUCCAGCACAUUGUCAUGCACUAAGCUGUACAUCAAAGAUGCAAAUAAGGAGGACUCUGGCAAAUACACUGUCACAGCCACCAGUAGCAUUGGAACAGCUACAGAGGAGAUUACUGUUAUUAUUCUUGAUAAGCCUGGGCCACCCACAGGCCCUGUGAAGAUAGAAGAGGUAAGCUCUAAUUAUAUCACUCUGUCUUGGGAGCCACCAGAGUAUACCGGAGGCUGUCCCAUCAAUAAUUACAUCGUGGAGAAGAGAGAUACUACCACCACAGCAUGGCAGAUUGUUUCUGCUACUAUUGCCAGGACAACCAUCAAAGUCACCAAGUUGAAGACUGGUGUUGAAUAUCAAUUCAGAGUGUCAGCUGAAAAUAGGUACGGGAAGAGUUCUGCAAUUGUCUCUCCUGCUGUUAUUGCUCAGUAUCCAUUUAAUGAGCCUGCUGCCCCAGGAACACCAGUCAUUUCUUCUGUAACCAAGGAUAGCAUGGUUGUUGAAUGGAAACCUCCUACCAACAAUGGGGGCAGUCCAAUUCUUGGCUAUCACCUUGAGAGAAAAGAAAAGAAUAGCCUCUUGUGGACUAAAUUAAACAAGCUUCUAAUCCCAGACACACGUUUCAAAACUACAGAACUUGAAGAAGGUAUUGAGUAUGAAUUCAGGGUUUAUGCUGAAAAUAUUGCUGGUCUCAGCCCAGCUAGCAAGCUGUCUGAGAGCACAGUAGCAAGGGACCCUUGUGACCCACCAGGAACUCCUGAGCCUAUUGAAAUCACCAGAAACCAUGUGACACUCCAGUGGACCAAGCCCCAGUAUGAUGGAGGGAGUGCAAUUACUGGCUAUGUGAUUGAGAGAAGGAAGCACCCAGACACCCGCUGGAUGAAGGCCAGCUUCACUAACAUCAUUGAUACACAAUUUACACUUACUGCUCUGACUGAAGACUGUGUGUAUGAGUUCAGGGUCAUUGCCAGAAAUGCUGCUGGGAUUUUGAGCAAACCCUCUCAGAGCACAGGGGAAAUUACUGCCAAAGAUGAAAUUGAGGCUCCAGCAGCCACCAUGGAUUCAAAAUUCAAGGAUCUGACUAUUGUUCACGCAGGUGAGACAUUUGUCAUUGAUGCUGACUAUACUGGAAAGCCUUUGCCUGAGGUCAUUUGGUUAAAGGAUGGAAAAGAGAUAGACAAAGCCACACCAAGAAUGGAAAUCAAGACUACACUCACACGUACCAUCCUGACGGUCAAGGAUUGCAUCAGAGUGGAUGGUGGCCACUUUGUCCUCAAGCUUAUUAAUGUGGGAGGAGUCAAGAUGAUCCCAGUUAAUGUCAAAGUUCUGGAUAGACCUGGGCCUCCAGAUGGACCUCUAGAAGUCAAAGGGGUCACAGCUGAGAAAUGUUAUCUGCAUUGGAAUCAUCCCUCACAUGACGGUGGAGCUGGCAUCUCUCACUAUAUCAUUGAGAAGAGAGAGACUAGUCGUUUGUCAUGGACUGUGGUUGAGCCCAAGAUUCAGGCAAUCAGCUACAAAAUCACAAAACUAUUGCCUGGCAAUGAAUAUAUCUUUCGAGUUACUGCUGUAAAUAAAUAUGGUGUUGGCGAGCCUUUAGAAUCAGAAGCUGUUGUUGCUCGUAACCCUUUCACCACUCCCAGUGCCCCCUCAACCCCUGAGGUCGGUGCCAUCACUAAGGACUCCAUGGUGCUUUCCUGGGAGAGGCCCAAUGAUAAUGGAGGUGCAGAGAUUGAGGGAUAUGUCCUUGAAAAGCGUGAUAAAGAUGGUAUCAGAUGGACUAAAUGCAACAAGAAGAGGCUGAAUGACCUGCGAUUCAGAUGCACUGGUCUCACAGAGGGCCACUCUUAUGAAUUCAGGGUUUCGGCUGAAAAUGCUGCUGGUGUAGGAAAGCCUAGUGCACCAACUCCGUACAUCAAGGCCUGUGAUGCCACUUAUCCACCUGGACCCCCAAAUAAUCCAAAGGUCACUGACCAUUCAAGCACCACAGUUUCCCUUUCAUGGUCCAGGCCUAUAUAUGAUGGUGGUGCACAGAUCACUGGGUAUAUUAUCGAAAUGAAAGAGGCAACAGAUGAUGAAUGGAUCAUUUGCACACCACACACUGGCAUCCAAGCCACUAACUACACAGUAAAGAAACUUAAGGAGAAUGUGGAGUACAACUUCCGCAUAAGUGCUGUUAACUGUGAGGGAGUAGGAGAACAUGUAGAUUUGCCUUGUUCCGUGAUUGCUGCAGAGAAGCUGGAGGCUCCUGAAAUUGAAUUAGAUUGUGACCUAAGAAAGAUGGUCAACGUCCGUGCCUCUGCUACCUUGCGUCUGUUUGUGACAACCAGAGGGAAGCCUGAGCCUGAGGUCAGAUGGUCAAAGGCUGAUGGCACACUAAAUGAACGUGCCCAGAUAGAAGUCACAAGCUCUUACACAAUGCUGGUGAUUGAGAAUGUUGACAGAUUUGACACUGGCAAAUAUGUACUGACCCUUGAAAACCUCAGUGGCUCUAAAUCAGCCUUUAUUAAUGUCAGAGUUCUGGAUUCUCCUAGUGCUCCUACUAACCUCGAAGUUAAGGAUGUUAAAAGAAAUUCUGUCUCUCUCUCCUGGGAGCCUCCUCUAAUUGAUGGUGGGGCUAAGAUAUCCCAUUAUAUAGUGGAGAAGAGAGAACAGAAGAGAAUGGCUUUCACCAGUGUUUGCACUAACUGCGUAAGAAAUUCCUACAUUAUUUCAGACCUGCAGGAAGGAGGCCGAUACUAUUUCCGUGUGUUAGCUGUGAAUGAACUCGGAGUAGGUCUGCCUGCAUCCACAGAUCAAGUUAAGGUGUCUGAGCCUCCUCUGCCUCCUGGUAAGAUUGUGGUGGUUGACAUUACUCGUCAUGCUGUUACACUCUCCUGGGAGAAACCUGAUCAUGAUGGAGGCAGUAAGAUUACAAACUAUAUUGUGGAGAUGCAGCCCAAGGGAGAUGACAAAUGGACGAUGUGCAGUGAAGUCAAAGCACUGGAAGCUACCAUUGAUGGACUCACAACUGGAGAGGAAUACUCCUUCAGGGUAACUGCUGUGAAUGAUAAGGGUAGAAGCGAUGCUAAGCCUCUGGCUACUCCUGUGGUGGUAAGGGACAUCACGAUGGAGCCCAUCAUCAACCUCUUAUUCACCACAUACAGUGUAAAAGCAGGAGACGAUUUGAAGAUUGACGUUCCCUUCAGAGGCAGACCACAGCCUGAGGUGUGCUGGAAGAAGGAUGGCCACAUGCUUAAGCAGACAACCAGGGUAAAUGUUCUUAAUUCAAAAACCUCAUCUAAGAUUGUCAUUAAGGAUGCCACGAAGGAGGAUGUAGGGAAGUAUGUGAUUACCCUGACUAACUCAGUUGGUACCAAGUCAGCUGAAAUCUCUGUUAUAAUCCUGGAUAAACCUGGACCACCUAGUAACAUUAAGGUUGAUGAGGUGAGCGCUGACUUUAUUUCUCUGUCUUGGGAUCCUCCAACCUAUGAUGGUGGUUGUCAGAUUAACAACUAUGUAGUUGAGAAGAGAGACACUACUACUACAACAUGGCAAAUCGUGUCAGCCACAGUGGCCAGAACAUCAAUAAAGGUUUCUCGACUUACUCAGGGGACAGAGUACCAGUUCCGCAUUGCAGCUGAGAACCGUUAUGGGAAGAGUCCUGCCAUAGAUUCUGCUCCUGUUGUUGCUCAGUAUCCAUUUGAGCCUCCUGGCCCUCCAACCAAACUUCAUGUUGUCCAUGCCACCAAAACUGGGAUGCUCGUGGUAUGGGGCAAACCUGCAAGUGAUGGUGGAAGUCCUGUUAUUGGUUAUCACAUUGAAAGCAAAGACCAAAGCAGCAUCUUGUGGACCAAGGUCAACAGAGGCCUGGUGACUGAGAACCAGUUUAAGAUGACAGGAAUGGAAGAAGGUCUGUUGUAUCAGUUCAGAGUGUAUGCUGAGAAUAUUGCUGGAAUUGGUCCAUGCACUAGGGCAAGUGAUCCUGUGGCAGCCAGGGAUCCAUGUGAAGCUCCACAUAACCUUAGAGUCACAAACAUCACUAGAAACUCAGUUUCUCUUUAUUGGGAAAGACCUGAAUAUGUUGGCAGUGCAAAAAUUACUGGCUACAUUGUUGAGCGUCAAGAGCUUCCCAAUGGUCGCUGGCUAAAAUGCAACUUCACCAAUAUUCAAGACACUUACUUCGAUGUCACUGGUCUCACAGAAGAUGUCCGAUAUGAUUUCCGUGUUAUUGCUAAAAAUUCUGCUGAGCAAUUGAGUGCUCCUUCAGAAAGCACUGGACCCGUCACUGUCAAGGAUGAUGUAGACCCUCCCACCAUUAUACUGGAAGAUAAAUUCAGACAGUUGGUUGUCAUUAAGGCUGGAGAAAUCAUUAGAGUUGAUGCCGAAAUUACUGGGCGUCCACUCCCAGUUGUAUCAUGGUCUAAGGAUGGAAAGGAGAUUGAGGCCAAGGCCAGAUGUGAAAUCACAUCCACUAACUUCACAACUACACUCAUUGUCAAAGAUGCUAUCAGAAGGGACUCUGGACAGUAUGUUCUUACACUGCACAAUGUAGCUGGAACCAGAUCUGUGGCUAUCAACUGUAAGGUUCUGGACAGACCUGGACCUGCCUCAGGACCUUUAACAGUUUCUGGUCUCACAGCAGAGAAAUGCACCCUGUCAUGGGGACCACCUCAGGAAAAUGGUGGUGCUGAAAUUAUGCACUACAUUGUUGAGAAACGUGAGACCAGUCGUCUUGCCUGGACUCUUGUCUAUGGUGACAUGAAGGCAACUACCUGCAAAGUGACUAAACUGCUCAAAGGAAAUGAGUACAUCUUCCGAGUUAGGGGAGUCAACAAAUAUGGAGAUGGUGAAAGCCUGGAGAGUGAGCCAACAAAGGCCACUGAUCCAUUCACUGUCCCUUCAGCUCCCACUAAUGUCCAGGUCACCUCUGUUACAAGUGAGGCAAUGACCAUUUGCUGGGAAAGACCUGUUUCUGAUGGUGGCAGCAGUAUCGCUGGCUAUGUAAUUGAGAAGCGAGAGAAGACUGGCCUCCGCUGGUGCCGUGUCAACAAGAAACCUGUUUAUGACCUUAGAGUGAAAGCUUCACACCUUCGCGAGGGCUGUGAGUACGAAUACAGAGUUUUUGCAGAGAAUGCUGCUGGCCUCAGUGCUCCUAGCACUCCUUGCCCACUCACCAGGGCAGAAGACCCACAGUUUUUACCCUCACCUCCAGCUAAGCCUAGGAUAAUUGACUCCACAAAGACUACAGUCACCCUGUCAUGGAAUAAGCCACUUUUUGAUGGUGGAGCACCUGUGACUGGUUACAGAGUAGAAUACAGGAGGACAUUAGAUGAUGAAUGGAUUGUUGGAGUACAGAACACCAAAAACACAGAAUUUACAGUGGUGGGAUUGUCGCCUGGAGCUGAAUAUGUGUUUGUUGUCAAAUCCAUUAACAAGAUUGGAGUGAGUGAGCCCAGUCCUGAGUCAGACAAACAAGUUGCCAAAGAAAGAGAGGAGGAGCCAACCUUUGAUGUUAGCAAUGAAAUGAGAAAGACUCUUAUUGUAAAGGAUGGAAGCUCUUUCACAAUGAAAGUUCCUUUCAAAGGCAAACCCAUCCCUAGUGUUACUUGGGCUAAGGCUGAUGUAGACCUUAGAGUUCGUGCUGUAAUUGACACCACAGAUACCUUUACUUCCAUCACCUUAGAAAAAGCAACUCGGAAUGACUCUGGAAAAUACACUGUCACUCUAUCCAAUAUAGCUGGUACCUCCUCCUUGACGCUCACUGUCCGAGUUUUGGACUCACCUGGGCCUCCUAGUCAUAUAGAGGUCAAGGAAGUCACAAAGACCUCUGCUACUAUAACCUGGGAUACUCCUGAGAUUGAAGGAGGAGGACCAGUCAAGAAUUACCUUAUUGAUUACCGUGAGGCUAGCAAGAAAGGCUGGACUAGAUUGACUGACACAUGCCACAGACUGACAUACAAGGUGGCAGACCUGCAGGAGGGAGGAGUCUACUACUUCAGAGUGACAGGCGAGAAUGAAUAUGGUAUUGGUGUUCCUGCUGAGACCAAAGAGGGGACCAAGAUCACAGAAAAACCAAGUCCACCACCAAAACUGGGUGUAACGGAUGUAACCAAGGAAAGUGUGUCCUUGGCCUGGGCCAAGCCAGAACACGAUGGAGGCAGCAGAAUUACUAGCUACCUAGUAGAAGCACUGGAGAAUGGACAAGAGAAGUGGGUUAAAUGUGGUACAACAAAGUCCAUCCACUUCACAGUGUCUGGUCUGAGGGAGAAUGCGGAGUACUUCUUCAGAGUCAGAGCUGAGAACUAUGCUGGAUUCAGUGAUGCUAAGGAAAUGACUACUCCUGUAGUAGUCAAAGACCAGCUUGAAUCUCCUGAGAUCAACAUGAAGGACUUCCCCCACAACACAGUAUAUGUUAGAGCUGGAUCUACCCUAAAAUGUGAGAUUCCAUUGACAGGCCGGCCUUUACCUAAAGUGACUCUGUCCAAGGAUAAUGUGCUGCUCAAAUCAACAAUGAGGUUUAACUCAGAAGUCACUCCUGACAGCAUCAAGAUUACUCUGCGUGAGAGCAUUGCAGGAGACUCAGGCCGCUAUGAUAUCAUUGCCUCCAACUCCAGUGGAACCACCAAGUCCUUUGUAAAUAUAGUGGUUCUUGACCGCCCCAGUGUCCCACUUGGACCAGUGGAGCUGUAUGAUGUCACAGAAGACAGUGUGAGCUUAAAGUGGCUCCCACCAGCAUAUGAUGGUGGCAGUCCCAUCACCAAUUACAUCAUCCAGAAGCGAGAGACAACUACAGCCAACUGGAUGGACGUGUCUUCCGCUGUGGCCCGCUGCACCAUGAAAAUUAUGAAGCUGACCACUGGCCUGGAGUACCAAUUCAGAAUUAGGGCAGAGAACAGAUAUGGAAUCAGUGAACAUAUUGACUCACCAGCUGUCACUGUCAGUCUUCCUUACACUAUACCAGAUGCACCAUCAACUCCAGAAAUUACUGCUGUAACCAGGGAAAGCAUUACUGUUGCAUGGAAGGAGCCAAAGUCAGAUGGAGGCAGCCAUGUGUUUGGUUACCAUCUCCAAAUGAAAGACAAAAACAGCAUCCUUUGGCAGAGAGUCAACAAAACAGUGAUCCGUGCCACACACUUUAAAGUCACCAACAUAAAUGCUGGACUUAUUUAUGAGUUCAAGGUAGCAGCAGAGAACUCUGCUGGAAUUAGUGCCUUCAGCAAGGUUUCUGAUGCUGUAUUGGCUAUUGAUGCCUGUGAGCCACCCCUAUACUUGCGCAUAACUGACAUCACUAAGAACUCCAUUAGUCUGGCCUGGCAGAAGCCUGAAUAUGAUGGUGGAUCCCCAAUAACUGGUUACAUGAUUGAGAAGAGAGAGGGUGUUAGCUCCAAAUGGUCUAAAGCUAACCUCACCAAUAUCACAGACACCCGCUUCAUUGUUACUGGCCUCACCCAGGAUGAAACGUAUGAGUUCCGAGUUAUGGCAAAGAAUGCAGUUGGUUCAGUGAGCAACCCGUCUAUCACUGUGGGACCAGCCACAUGUGUGGACACUUAUGGUGCCCCAGAGAUUGAAAUACCUCAGGAGUAUCUUAAUGAGGUCAAGCACAAGGCUGGCUCUAAUGUGGAACUCAAAUUUAAUAUAAGAGCCAAACCUGCUCCCAGUAUUGAGUGGUUUAAAGAUGGCAGAGAGCUUGAGCCUACUUCUCAGCUUUCUUUUAAACACACUUUCGAGUCCACAAGUGUGUUCCUGAAGGAAACAACUCGUCUUAACUCUGGAACCUAUGAAGUCAAGGUGAAGAACUCCCUCGGAUCGUCAUGUGCCAUUGUCAGGCUGCUCAUUCAAGAUAAGCCAGGCCCACCUGCUGGAGAAAUUCAGUUUAAGAAGGUGACAGCUGACAACAUCACCAUCAUGUGGUCCCCACCUGCUGAUGAAGGUGGUGCCAUGGUAACACAUUACAUUGUAGAAAAGCGGGAGACCAGCAGGGUAAUGUGGUCGAUUGUCUCAGAGAAACUGGUUGACUGCAUUGUGAAUGUGCCCAGACUCAUAAAGGGCAAUGAGUACAUCUUUAGAGUCCGUGGAGUCAACAAGUAUGGCAUUGGAGAGCCACUGGAGUCUGAGCCCAUUAUUGCCAAGAAUGCAUUUGUACCUCCCAGCGAGCCAUCUAAGCCUAAAGUUACUAUGAUCACUAAGUCUACCAUGACAGUAAUCUGGGAAAGACCAGCGUUGGAUGGAGGCAGUGAUAUUGAUGGCUACUAUCUAGAGAAAAGGGAGAAGAGGAGUCUGCAAUGGUUCAAGGUGGUGAAGGGCACUAUCAGAGACACCAGGCAGAAGGUGGCUAACCUGGUGGAGAACAAUGAGUACCAGUACAGAGUGUGUGCUGUCAACAAGGCUGGAGCAGGAAACUACUCUGAACCUUCUGAGCUCUAUAAAGCCUAUGACCCAAUAGAUCUACCAGGUGAACCCACUAAACUGCGUGUGAUUGAUUCCACAAAGACAUCUAUCACACUUGGAUGGGAGAAGCCCGUCUAUGAUGGUGGCAGCGAAAUUACACACUAUAUUUUAGAGCAGAUGAAUACAGAGGACAAAGAAUGGGUGAUUUCCAACCCACAAGUCAAGACAUGUGAGUAUGUGGUGUCCCACCUCAAACCUGGCAUCUACUACUUCUUCAGAGUAUCUGCUGUCAACUGUAAAGGCAAAGGAGAAGACAUCAAAAUGUACCAGCCUGUGCAAGCCAAAGAUAUUUUAGAGGAGGCUGAUCUGGACUUAGAUGUUGCUAUGACAACUCAAUACACAGCAAAGGCUGGCCGUGAUGUGGAAGUCUUUAUCCCCCUAAAGGGUCGUCCUACACCAAAUGUCACCUGGCGCCGUGGUGACCGUAACAUGGCUGGUGAUAACCGCUACACAAUCACAAGCACUGAAAGAGCCACCACACUCCUCAUCCCCAAGGUCACCCGUGAUGACUGUGGAAAGUAUGUGCUGGAAAUUGAGAAUGGUGUUGGAGAACCUAAGAUAGUUACUGUUUCCCUUAAAGUUCUGGACAGUCCAUCCACCUGCCAGAAACUGAUGAUAAAGAAUGUCACAAGAGGAAAGCUGACACUAAGCUGGGAGCCUCCGCUCAUAGAUGGUGGCUCCCCUGUGACUAAUUACAUUGUCGAAAAGAAGGCCUCCACUAUGAAAGCUUAUCAAGUGAUUACUGAUGAGUGUUUAAAUACAAGUUACAAGGUGUCAGGGCUGGAGGAAGAUAUAGCUUACUUCUUCCGUGUGUCUGCUCAAAAUGAGUUUGGUGUGGGUGACCCUUGUGAAACCACUGAUGCUGUCCGAGCAACUGAAACUCCAGGAGCUGUUAAAGACCUAAUAAUGGUGGACUCCACAAAGAACUCUGUCACCCUUCAGUGGAGCAGACCUGACCACGAUGGUGGCAGCCACAUCACUGACUACAUAAUUGAGAAGAGAGCCCAGGAUGAAGUCAAAUGGACUUUAGCUGCUAAAUGCAAGCGGUGCAGCUGUGAAGUGACGGGACUCAAGGAAAAUACUAUCCUGGAUUUUAGAGUGUUUGCAAAGAAUGAGAAAGGCAACAGUGACUUCUCCCAAAUUGGUCCGAUCACAGUGAUGGACCUCAUCAUUCCACCUGAAGCCAACCUGAAUGAUUAUCCCAAUGGAGAGCUUGCUGUUCGUAUAGGUCAAAACAUCCAUAUUGAGUUACCAUUCAAGGGAAAACCAAGACCUACAAUCAGCUGGCUAAAGGAUAAUUUCCCACUGAAGGAAAGUGAGAAGAUUCGCUUUAGGACCACUGACAACAAGACUUCAGUUACAGUCAGAGGGGUUAAGAAAGAACAUGCUGGACAAUACACCUUGGUUCUGGAUAACAGAGUCAUUAAGAACUACUUUGACAUCAAUGUGAUCACUCUGGGACCCCCUUCAGUCCCUACCGGCCCCAUCCGUUUUGACGAGAUAAAAGCUCAGACUAUUAUUAUCUCCUGGGAUGAGCCGAAGGAAGAUGGAGGUGGCGAGAUCACCUGCUACAGUGUGGAGAAACGUGAAACCUCCCAGGCCAACUGGAAGAUGGUCUGCUCCAGUGUUGUCAGGACUACCUUUAAAAUUCCUAACCUGGUCAAAGGAACUCAGUACCAGUUCAGAGUCCAUGCAGAGAAUAAGUAUGGGGUCAGUGAGCCACUCAUCUCUUCAGAUGUUGUUGCCCAGCACCAGUACAAACCUCCAGGUCCUCCAGGAAAACCAGUUGCCUACAACAUCACCAGUGAUGGUAUGUCAAUAAAGUGGGAUGCCCCAGAUUUUGACGGGGGUUCCCCAGUCUUAGGUUAUCAUGUCGAGAAGAAGGACAGGAACAGCCUCUUAUGGCAGAAAGUGAAUUCCACAACCAUCUCCAACAGAGAGUACAGGAUAAUUGGUCUUGUGGAGGGUCUGGAGUACUCCUUUAGAGUCUAUGCAGAGAACAAUGCCGGACUCAGCCCUUGCAGUGAACAGAGCAAACAUGCGCUCGCUAUCUCCCCUGUUGAUCCACCCGGUACCCCAGUCUGCAUUGAUGUAACCAGAGACUCAGUCACCCUCCAAUGGGACAUUCCCAAGAGGGAUGGUGGAAGCAAAAUUGUAGCCUAUAGUGUGGAGAGGCGUCAAGGCAGAGGCAAAUGGCUACGGUGCAACUUCACUGAUAUCAGUGAGACCCAGUUCACUGUAACUGGUCUCUCACCUGGAGACAGAUUUGAGUUCAGAGUGAUUGCCAGGAAUGCUGUUGGCACAGUCAGCCCACCAUCCAACUCCUCUGGAUACAUAAUGACCAAGGAUGAGAGCAUUGUUCCUGAGAUUGAGUGGUCUCCAGACCAGGUGCUCACCCUGAGGGCUGGAGAUAAUGUCAGUCUCAGCUGCAAAAUCACCGGACGUCCAGUCCCACAGGUUCUUUGGUACAAGGAUGGUAAAGAGAUCGACAAGAGGACUAUGAUUGACAUUGAGAUUAAUACUGGCAUUGGCACCAGUAGUCUGUUUAUUCGCGAUUCUAACAGGAACCACCGUGGAAUUUACACUGUAGAGGCCAAAAAUAGCUCUGGAACCAAGAAAGCUGAUGUUAACGUUAGAGUCCAAGAUACCCCUGGACCCGUCGAGGGCCCAAUCCGUUUCACAGGCAUCACAGCUGAGAAGUGCACUGUGUGGUGGAGCCCACCAGAGAACGAUGGCUGUGCUGCCAUUACUCACUAUGUGGUGGAGAAAAGGGAGACAUCCAGGAUCACUUGGGCCUUGGUCACCUCCAAGUGUGAAGCUUGCUCUUAUAAUGCCACCAACCUCAUCAAAGGCAAUGAGUACCAGUUCAGAAUCUCUGCUGUCAACAAGUUUGGUGUCGGUAAACCACUGGACUCUGAUCCUAUAAUUGCGAAGAUGCAGUACACUGUUCCUGAUGCCCCUGGUACACCAGAUGCCACCCAUAUUACUGGAGACAGCAUAACGCUGUGUUGGACCAGGCCACGGUCAGAUGGAGGCAAUGAGAUUAAAUACUACAUCCUAGAGAGGAGAGAGAAGAAGAGCUUGCGCUGGGUUAAGGUCUCCUCCAAGAGGCCCAUUACAGAGUUAAGGCACCGUGUGACCAAACUUACUGAGGGCAAUGAGUAUGAGUUCCGUGUUAUGGCUGAAAAUGGUGCUGGUGUCGGACCAGCCAGCAGCACCUCCAGGCUCUUCAGAUGCAGAGAACCAACGAGUGCUCCCAGUGCUCCCACUGUAAUCAAGGUCAUUGACUCCACUAAGUCCUCUGUCACUCUGGAAUGGACCAAGCCAGUCUUUGAUGGUGGCAUGGAAAUAAUUGGCUACAAUAUAGAUAUGUGUAAGGCCAGUCUGGAGGAGUGGCACAGAGUCAACAGACAGAUUUGUAUUCACACCAGGUAUACUGUCACAGGUCUAGUACCUGGAGAACUCUACAAGUUCAGAGUCAGUGCUGUAAAUGGAUCAGGAGAGGGCGAAGCAUCAGUGAUGCCAAACCCUGUUCAGUCUUUGGACAGACUUACAUCUCCUGAAAUUGAUCUUGGUCCUGACUUCAAGCAAACUCAUAUUGUGAAGAAUGGAGGCACUGUAACCCUACAUAUUGCUUUCAGAGGAAAGCCAGCUCCUCUAGCCACGUGGUCUAAAUUAGACAGUGAGCUUCCGAUAAUGGCUGAUAUCAACACCACAGAUUCAUUUUCCACUCUGACCAUAGAGAACUGCACCAGGUAUGAGGCAGGCAAAUACACCCUGUCCCUGGAGAACAACAGUGGGCGCAAAUCCAUCACAUUCACUGUUAAAGUACUGGAUACUCCUGGACCUCCAGGAGCCAUAACCUUCAAAGAUAUUACUCGCGGAGCCUUGACAGUGAUGUGGGAUGCUCCUGCCAAUGACGGUGGAUCCCGAAUCCACCACUACAUUGUGGAUAAGCGUGAAGCAAGCCGCCUUGCCUGGCAAGAAGUCAGCACCAAGUGCUCACGGCAGAUGAUCAGAGUAACUGGUCUGGAAAUUGGUGUACCAUAUUUGUUCAGAGUGAUUGCCGUUAACCAUUAUGGCCAGGGAGAACCAAAAGAGAUGACUGAGCCUAUAAUUGCCACAGAAGAACCUGCGCCACCCAAGAGAUUGGAUGUUGUUGACACAACCAAUUCCACAGCCUCACUGGUAUGGCUAAAACCUGAGCAUGAUGGAGGCAGCCGCAUUAGAGGCUAUAUUGUUGAAUUCAGGGCUAAGGGCACUGAGCACUGGGUUGUUAGUGGAGAGACUAAGUCUCAGAAGAUGGUGGUAGAGGGUCUGAUUGAGAACACAGAGUAUGACUUUAGAGUCAAAGCCAAGAAUGAUGCUGGAAUUAGCGAACCUCAGGGCACCUUUAGCUCUGUGGUCAUAAAGGAGCCUUGCAUAGAACCAACUGCUGAUCUCAGCAGCAUCACCAACCAGCUCAUCACUUGCAAGACUUCCAACACCUUCACAAUUGAUGUCCCUAUCAGUGGCAGACCUGCACCUAAAGUUACCUGGAAACUGGAAGAGAUGAAGCUUAAGGAGACUGACAGAGUCUCCAUUAAGACCUCAAAGGAAAGAACCAUUUUGGUAGUGAAAGACAGCAAGAGAAGCGACAGCGGCAAGUACUACCUGACACUGGAGAAUGCUGCUGGUGUGAAGACAUUCACAGUCACUGUGGUCAUAGUUGGCAGACCAAGUCCACCCACAGGACCAGUGGAAAUUUCUGGAAUCUCUUCAGAGUCCUGCACCCUAUCUUGGUCUGAGCCAGCUGAUGAUGGUGGUACUGACAUCAGCAACUACAUUGUAGAAAAACGGGAAUCUGGCUCCGCUUCUUGGCAAGUGGUGAACUCCAGUGUGAAGAGAACCACGAUCAAAGUGACACAUCUCACCAAAUACAUGGAGUACACAUUUAGAGUCUGUGCUGAGAACAAGUUCGGAGUCAGCAAGUCCGUUGAGUCUGCCCCUGUUGUCAUUGAGCAUCCAUUUGUUCCACCAAGUCCUCCAACUCGCCCAGAUGUGAUAUUUAUAUCUGCCAAUGCCAUUAGCAUUAAAUGGGAUGUUCCAUAUGCUGAUGGUGGCAGCAAGGUGACAGGCUACUGGAUUGAGAAAAAGGAGAGGAACACGAUCCUGUGGGUAAGGGAGAACAAGCUACCCUGCCUGGAUUGCCAAUACAAGGUCUCGAACCUGAUUGAGGGGCUGGAGUAUCAGUUCAGGGUGUAUGCCAUGAACCUUGCUGGGCUCAGCAAAGCCAGCGAAGCCUCCAGACCUGUAGUGGCACUCAAUCCUGUUGAUCCUCCUGGCAAACCCGAGGUGACAGACAUCACCCGCUCUUCUGUGUCAUUGUGCUGGACGGUGCCCUUCAAUGAUGGUGGCAGUAAGAUCAUUGGUUACGUGGUGGAGAGAAAAGUCUACAGCACAGAUGAGUGGGAUGACAACCGCUGGCUCAAGUGCAACUAUACCACAAUCACAGAGAACUACUUCACCAUCACAAACCUAGGUGAAGGAGAGACCUAUGAAUACCGUGUCGCUGCCAAGAAUGCUGCUGGUGUUCAAAGUGUCCCUUCAGAGACCACUGGACCAGUCACAUGCAAGGAUGAAUAUUCUCCUCCCAAAGCUGAACUUGACAGCAAACUGAUAGGUGAGAUUGUCACUGUUACUGCUGGUUCUGACCUUGUCUUGGACGGUGCUGUGGGUGGUAAACCAGAGCCUACAGUGUACUGGUCAAAGGGCGACAAGAUUUUAGAGCUUGGAGAAAAAUAUUCACUGACCUACACUGCCACCAGAGCCAUGGCUGUGAUCAAGAGCUGUGACAGAUACGACACAGGUAGAUACAUUCUAACUGUCAAGAAUGCCAGUGGAAUUAAGACGGCAGCUGUCAGCGUUAAAGUUCUAGACACUCCUGGAGCUCCAGCUGAUAGGAUUGUAAUCAGCAGAGUCACAGAGGAAAAAUGUACAGUGUCUUGGAAGAUACCUCUGGAGGAUGGUGGAGAUCCUGUCACCCAUUACAUUGUGGAACGUCGUGAGACCAGCCGCCUCAACUGGGUCGUCAUGGAGACUGAGUGCAAGACCCUGUCAUGUGUCAGCACUAGGUUGAUUAAGAACAAUGAGUACAUCUUUAGGGUUAGAGGUGUCAAUAAGUAUGGGGCUGGAGUUCCUUUGGAAUCUGAUCCCAUCAUCGCCAGAAACGCUUACACAAUCCCCUCCCAGCCAGGCACACCAGAGGCCACUGCAGUGGGUAAGGAGCAUGUUAUCAUCGAGUGGCAGAAGCCUGAGAGUGAUGGAGGAAGCGAGCUCAAAAACUACAUAGUUGAAAAACGAGAGAAGAACAGUAGCAGGUGGACUCGAGUGAAUAAGACCUACACCAUCUAUGACACCCGUCUGAAGAUCACAGGCCUACUGGAGGGAAGCGAGUACCAGUUCAGAGUUACGGCAGUCAACUCUGCUGGAUACAGCCAGCCAAGUGACGCCUCAGUAUACAUCCUCUGUAAAGACCCCACAUACACCCCAGCUCCUCCAUCAGUGCCUCGCAUCACAGACACAACAAAACACAGCAUCACCAUGACUUGGACCAGGCCCAUGUAUGAUGGUGGAUCAGAUGUCACCGGCUACGUUGUGGAGAUCCUAGAGGAGGGUUCUGAGCAGUGGUACCGUGCCACUGCCAAAGCCCUCAAGACUAAUGAUUAUGUGGCUGGUGGUUUGGCUGCCAAUAAGAAGUACAGAUUCAGGGUUGCUGCCAUUAACAGCAAUGGGACUGGAGAGUUCAGUGAACCAAGUGCUGAAGUCGAACCACUUGAGAAAAUUGAAAUACCUGACUUGGAGCUGGCUGAUGACCUAAAGAAAACAGUGUGCCUCCGUGCUGGAGGUACUCUGCGCCUGUUUGUGUCUGUCACUGGUCGACCAACGCCAGUAGUGGCCUGGAGAAAGACGGGGGUGGAACUACAGAGCCGUGGUUAUAUUGAGACUACUGACAAGUACACAUCACUGGUAGUAGAGAAGGUUGAUCGCUACGACUCUGGAAAAUACAUUGUAGAGGCAGAGAACCCAUCUGGAAAAAAGACUGCCACCAUCCUUGUUAAAGUCUAUGACACUCCUGGUCCUCCAGGUUCAGUGAAAGUGAAAGACUACACCAAGGAAUCUGUUGUGAUCACCUGGGAUGUUCCAAGCAUUGAUGGUGGUGCUCAUGUCAGCAACUAUAUUAUAGAGAAGCGUGAGGCCAACAUGAAGUCCUAUAAGACUGUUACCACUGAGUGUAGGAAAACCCUGUACAGAAUCACUGGACUGGAGGAAGGUGUGUACUACUUUUUCAGAGUCCUGCCAGAGAAUAUCUAUGGUGUCGGUGAGCCCUGUGAGACAGCGGAGGCUGUGCUGGUGUGUGAAGUGCCCUCAGUGCCUGUGAAGCUUCAGAUUGUUGAUGUUUCCAAAUCUUCUGUCACCCUGCACUGGGAGAAGCCUUUGCAUGAUGGUGGCAGCAGAUUGACAGGCUACAUUAUUGAGGCCUGCAAAGUAGGCUCCGACAGAUGGAGUGCUGUGGCGACAGUUAAGGCCUCAGUGUCCCAGCACACCAUCCAGUCUCUGACAGAAAAUGACCAGUAUCUGUUCAGAAUCCGAGCCACGAACAGCAGGGGAGCCAGUGAAUCCACUGACAUUGUCACUCCAGUGAUCAUCCAAGAGAUCAAGGUUAUGCCCAAGAUUGACGUGACAAGUAUCCCUCAGAAGAUAGUUCAUGUGCAUCGUGGCAAACCCAUUGACCUCAACAUCCCAAUAAGGGGCAGACCACAGCCAGUCUGCUCGUGGUACUUUGGUGGUGUGAAGCUGAAGGACACCCUGGACCGCAUCAAGAUUGACAGCAACAGCAAAUAUACCCAUCUCGUCAUCCGUGAGACGACCAUCUCUGACACAGGAGACUACACACUAGAGGUGAAGAAUACCAUAGGCAUGGCAACUGAAGUUAUCAAGGUUAUCAUCCUGGACAAACCGAGUAUUCCUGUGGGUCCAGUAAAGAUCGAGGAAGUUGACGGUGUUUCAGUGACGGUUAGUUGGCAACCUCCAGAGAAUGAUGGUGGUGCCAAUGUCAGCGGAUAUGUCGUUGAGCAACGUGAUGCCCACCGGCCUGGCUGGACCACCGUCUCCGAGUCGGUGACAAGGCCUUGCUUUAAAUUCACUAGGCUCUCUGAAGGAACUGAGUACGUGUUCCGUGUUGCAGCCAUGAAUCGUUUUGGCAUUGGUGGCUUCCUGCAGUCUGAUGUGGUAGAAUGCAAGAGCGCCAAGACCAUCCCUGGACCCCCAAGCAGGCCAGAAGUGCUUGAUGUCACCCAUGAGGGCAUGACCCUGACCUGGAAACCACCUGAGGACAAUGGUGGCUCCACUAUUGCGGGCUAUAUCAUAGAACGUAAAGAGGCCCGUUCUGACAGGUGGUUGAGGAUCAACAAAAACCCUGUUACUAUGACCAGGUACCGUUCCUCCGGACUGAUUGAGGGCCUGGAGUAUGAACACCGUAUCACAGCCAUUAACUCUAGAGGGGCUGGGAAACCCAGCGAGAGUUCUGUCAUUACCAUCGCUUUAGACCCCAUUGAACCUCCAGGUCCUCCAGUUCAGGCCAGAGUCACAGACACUACCAGGACAUCUGUUUCUCUAGCUUGGCUUCCACCAGAAGAGGAGGGUGGUUCUGUCAUUACUGGCUACUUUAUUGAAAUGCAGAAGGUAGACCAGCUGGAAUGGACACUGUGUAACACAACUCCCACGAAGAUGUGCGAGUACAUCAUCACCCACAUGCCACAGGGGGCUGAAUACAAAUUUAGGAUCAUCGCCUGCAAUGCUGGUGGUUGUGGAGAAGCUGCUGAGAUUCCUGGAGUGGUUAAAGUCCAGGAGAUGCUUGAUUAUCCUGACUAUGAGCUGGAUCCUAAAUAUGAAGAGGGCUAUGUGGUCAGACAAGGUGGGGUCAUCCACCUGUCUGUACCCAUUAAGGGUAAACCCAUCCCUACAUGCAAGUGGACCAAGGAUGGUCGUGACAUCUCCCAUCGGGCCAUGAUUGCUACCCAUGAUGACAUCACUGAGCUGGUCAUCAAAGAGGCGCAUAAAGAUGACACUGGUACCUACGACUUGGUGCUGGAAAACAAAUGUGGCAGGAAGGCUGUUUAUAUCAAGGUGAAAGUGAUUGGUCGCCCUGAUGCCCCAGAAGGGCCUCUGGAAUUUGACGACAUUCAGGCCCGAUCAGUAAGAGUCAGUUGGAGGCCACCAUCAGAUGACGGUGGCACAGACAUCCUGGGAUACAUAGUGGAAAGGCGGGAGGUACCCAAAGCUGCCUGGUAUACAGUGGAUGCUCGAGUAAUUGGGAACUCUCUAGUGGUGAAGGGCCUAAAGGAGAAUGUGGAGUACCACUUCAGGGUUGCUGCUGAGAAUCAGUUUGGUGUCAGCAGAGCUUUAAAAUCUGACGAGUCUGUCACACCAAAGACUCCACUUUGCCCACCUGAACCUCCCAGCAACCCACCAGAGAUCAUGGAUGUUACCAAGUCCACAGUUUCUCUCUCCUGGGCCAGGCCCCGCGACGAUGGAGGCUCUCGUGUCACUGGAUAUUAUGUUGAAAGAAGGGAGGUUUCAACAGAGAAGUGGGUCCGCCACAACAAGACCCACAUCACCACCACCAUGUUCAAUGUCACUGGUCUCAUCCCUGAUGCAGAGUACAUGUUCAGAGUUGUCGCUCAAAAUGACAUUGGACAGAGUGAACCUGGUCCUGCUUCUGAAUCUGUAGUCUGCAAAGAUCCAUUUGACAAACCUAGCCAACCAGGAGAGAUUGACAUUGUCUCUGUCACUAAAGACUGUAUCACCAUCCACUGGCUCAGGCCUGAGCAUGAUGGUGGCAAGGAGAUCCUAGGUUACUGGAUUGAGUUCAGGCAGGCUGGAGAGAGUGCCUGGAAAAAAUGCAACAAGGAGCGCUCAAAGGAUCGUCAGUUCACCAUGGGUGGCUUAAUGGAAGCCACUGAGUAUGAGUUUAGAGUCUUUGCUGAGAACGAGACUGGACUCAGCCGACCUCGUCGCACACCUAUGGGCAUCAAGACCAAAUUGAGUGUUGGUGAGGCUCCAGCUUUGACAGAAGACAUCCAAGAUGUAACAACCAAACUUGGCGAGUCUGGCACUCUGACCUGUGGCAUUAUUGGCAGACCUCUGCCUGAGAUUAAGUGGUACCGCUUUGGCAAGGAACUGACCCAGAGCCGCAAGUACAAAAUGAGCUCAGAUGGUCGGAACCACUCCCUCAGCAUUCUAACAGAUGAACAGGAAGAUGAGGGCCUGUACACCUGCAGGGCAAUCAAUGAGGCUGGAGAGAUCGAGAGCAGUGGUAAACUGCGUUUACAGGCAGCUCCCCAGUUUCACCCUGGCUUUCCCCUGAAGGAAAAAUACUUUGCUGGGGCUGGCACUAGUCUCCGCCUUCAUGUCGUAUACAUUGGCCGUCCUAUCCCACAGAUCAUGUGGUUCUAUGGCAAGAAGCCUCUGAAUCCAUCUGAAAAUGUGAUCAUUGAAAACACAGAGAGCUACACCCACCUCGUGGUGAGGAAUGUUCAGAGAAAGACCAACGCUGGCCGCUAUAAGGUGCAGCUCAGCAAUUUCUUUGGAACUAUUGACACUGUGCUUCGUGUAGAAAUCCAAGACAAGCCAUGCAUGCCUGAGGGGCCCCUAAUUGUUGAAGCCCUGCUUAAGAGCUCAGUUGUCAUCAGCUGGAAGGCUCCCAAGGAUGAUGGAGGAUCAAUGAUUACCAACUACAUUGUGGAGAAACGGGAGGCCAAAGAAGGGGAACAGUGGUACCUGGUGUCCUCCUCUUUGUCUGGAACCACCUGCCGUGUCCUCAAUCUGACAGAGAAUGCUGGCUACUACUUCAGGGUUUCAGCUCAGAAUCAAUAUGGAGUCAGCGAGCCUCUAGAGAUCCCAUCAGUGGUUAUAAUCAAGAGUCCAUUUGAAAAACCUGGCAUCCCACAGCAGCCUUUCAUUAUCAGCUCCACAAAGGACUCUUGUGUUGUCUGUUGGAAGCCUCCAAGCAGCGAUGGUGGAGCUAAAAUCACAAGCUACUACCUGGAGAAACGUGAGAAGAAACAGAACAAGUGGAUGUCAGUAACUACCAAGAAGAUUGCAGAGACCAACUAUGAGGUCACAGGCUUGAUUGAAGGCUUCGAGUAUGAGUUCCGUGUCAAAUGUGAGAACAUGGGCGGUGAGAGUGAAUGGAGUGAGAUUUCUGAACCCAUCAUCCCCAAGUCUGACCAGGCUCCUCGCGCUCCCACAUUCAGGGAGGAGAUCAGAGACAUGACUGUCAAAUACCAUGCCAGUGCCACAUUUGUCACUAAGGUGUUGGGCUAUCCAAAGCCUGUUGUGAAAUGGUACCGUAGUGGAAAGGAGGUCCUGGCAGAUGGAACUAAGAUCAAAGCGCUGGAAUUCAAGGGAGGCUACUAUCAGCUUGUCAUCACUUCUGCUGAUGAGAAUGAUGCCACAGUUUACCAAGUCAGAGCAACUAAUUCCUCAGGAUCCAUCUCUACCACAGCCAACUUGGAGGUGGAAGUUCCUGCUAAGAUCCAUCUGCCUCAAGAGCUCCAAGGAAUGGGCGCAGUCCAUGCUGUCCGUGGUGAUCACGUCACCAUCAAGAUCCCCAUCUCUGGCAAACCUGAGCCAACAAUCACUUGGCAGAAAGGUCAGGAGAUCCUCUCCAACUCUCCUUAUCACCAAGUCAUCACCACAAGGUCUUUCACAUCCCUGGUAUUCCAGAAAGGAGUCCAGAGGAAAGAUACUGGCUACUACAUUAUUACUGCAAAGAACAGAUUUGGAAUGGACAAGCAAACCAUCGAGGUGAAUGUGGCUGACAUUCCUGAAGCACCAAAAGGCCUUGUGGUUAGUGAAAUUGCAAGAGAUUCUAUCACUCUUGUCUGGGAGCCCCCUGUCAGUGAUGGUGGAAGCAACAUUAUUAGCUACAUUGUAGAGAAGUGCCCCACCACCAGUGAUAGGUGGAUUCGUGCUGGACAAACUACUGACUGUAGUAUCACUAUCAUCAACAUAUUUGGAAAGACCAAAUACCAGUUCCGUGUUAUUGCCGAGAACCAGUUUGGUCUGAGCCCACCAUCUGAACCAACUGAGCCUAUCACCACAAAGGAAGACAAGUCUGUAAUUAGGAACUAUGAUGAGGAAGUGGACGAAACAAGAGAAAUUACUAAAGAGGAGGCUCUUUUCUACAAGGUGAAGGAGCUGUCCUCAAAGUACAUUAUCUCUGAGGAGCUUGCUCACUGCCAGUUUGGUGUGGUUCACCGUUGUAUUGAGAUUGCCACAAAGAAAACCUACAUGGCCAAGUUUAUCAAAGUCAAAGGAACUGAUCGUGAGUUAGUUUUAAGGGAAAUUGAAGCUCUUAAUGUGGGAAGGCACAAGAAUAUUGUCUACCUGCAUGAAUACUUUGAAAGCAUGGAGGAGAUCAUCCUUAUCUUUGAAUUCAUUUCUGGAGUUGACAUCUUUGAGCGGCUUGGCACCAGCAACUUUGAGCUUACAGAGCAGGAGAUUGUCAAGUACCUUAGACAAGUCUGCUCUGCUCUCAAGUUCCUGCAUUCCCACAACUUUGGCCACUUUGAUAUCCGCCCAGACAACAUUGUGUACACUACAAGGAAAAGUACCAACAUAAAGAUCAUUGAGAUGGGCCAGGCUAGGCUUCUGGUGCCGGGAGAAAACAUCAGAAUGCUCUUUUCAGCACCGGAGUACUGCGCCCCAGAGGUCCACCGCCAUGAUUUGGUCACAACGGCCACAGAUAUGUGGUCCGUUGGUGUUAUGGCCUAUGUUCUACUCAGUGGCCUUAAUCCAUUUGCAGCAGAGUCUACCACAAAGAUGAUUGAGAAUAUCAUCAACUGUGAGUAUGUCUUCGACAGUGAAGCAUUUAAGGAUAUCAGCCUGGAGGCUAUGGACUUUGUGGACAGACUUCUUGUCAAGGACAGGAAGCUUCGUAUGACAGCCCAUGAGGCUUUGGAGCACCCAUGGCUCAAGAUGAAAAUAGAGCAUAUUAGCAACAAGGCUAUCAGGACACUGAGACACAGAAGGUACUAUCAGACUCUGGUAAAGAGGGUUGAUACUAUUGUAUCAGCAGCUCGUGUGGCCUAUGGUGGUGCUUUCAAGAACCAGAGGGGAUUGGCUGUUGGUAAAGUGAAGAUUGGAACUGAGUGCCAUGGCUUCCGUGCUGGCCCAGUCAUGCAUGCCUCAGCUGAAGAAGGUGGUUAUGCAAGAUUCACUUGUAGCAUUGCCAAGUAUGACAAAAGUACACAGGUGUCAUGGUACUUUGGUAACUGCCAGCUACACACAAGCCACAAGUAUGAGAUUACUUAUAGUAAUGGCUUUGCCAGCAUCUACGUAAAGGACAUUGAAGAAAGUGAUGAUGGUGUGUACAGAUGCAAAGUGGUGAGUGAUGAUGGAGAAGACAGUGCUUAUGGAGAGCUUUUUGUCGAGACAGUGAGGAGUAUCAAAGAGUACUAUCUUAGCCGCUCCAUCAAGAAAUUAAGGAGGAGAGUUGACAAGACUAAGCUUCUGCAGAGACCACCAGAGUUCACUUUGCCUCUCUAUAACCGCACCGCUUUCAUUGGCGAAGAUGUGCGCUUUGGUGUUACUGUUACUGUGCAUCCAGAGCCUUGCAUAAUUUGGCUUAAGAAUGGUGAAAAAAUCAAGCCAGGUGAUAAUGACAGCAAGUACACCUUCACCAGUGAUAAGGGUCUAUACCAGCUCAUGAUCCAUAACCUGGACAUGACUGAUGAUGCUGAAUACACUGUUAUGGCCCACAACAAGUUUGGAGAAGACAGCUGCAAGGCCCGUCUCACUGUGGCACCACAUCCUGUGACAGAAGAAACUAUGAGGCCCAUGUUCAAACGUCUGCUAGCUAAUGUUGAGUGCAUGGAGGGACAGAGUGUCCACUUUGAGCUCAGAGUCUCAGGUGUACCACCUCCUACUCUUAAAUGGGAAAAGGAUGGUCAUCCACUACAGUUUGGUCCCAAGGUGGUUGUCAUACAGGAGGACGUUGACUCUCAUGUCCUUCACAUUAGAGAGACUCUACUUGAGGACUCUGGUGUUUACAAAGUUACUGCAACCAACUCUGCUGGCACCACCAGCUGUCAGGCAACAUUGAAGGUGGACCGCCUUACCUAUACAAGGAGAGAAUAUAGGAGUGAGGAAGAGAAAUACAUGCACAUACAGAAACAAAUUGAAAAGACCAACAAGAUGGCUCAGAAAAUCGUUGCUACUGAGGAGCUUGUACCUCUUAAUCCCACUGCUCAAGAAGCUCUCAAAUAUGCUGCAGAGAUUUACAAGCCAGCAGUGAGCACGAAGAAUGUUGAGGGUGAGUUUGACAUCACAGAGGAGAAGUCAGAGACCAAGAAGUUGGAGGAGGAGAGGAGGAUCUUCAUGCCCUAUGAAAUUCCUGAGCCUGUGGUUCAUGAUCCCAGAGUUCUUGAUGAGAACAAAGGUAUCAAACAGUUUGUACCUCUGUCAGAUAUGAAGUGGUACAGAAAGCUAAAAGAUCAAUAUGAGAUUUCAGAGAGGAUGGAGAGGAUUGUGCAGAAGAGACAGAAACGUAUUCGUUUGUCCAGAUGGGAACAGUUCUACGUCAUGCCCCUUCCUAGAAUCACUGACCAGUAUAGGCCAAGAUGGCGUAUUCCAAAACUCACUCUAGAUGAUCUGGAGACCGUCAGACCUGCACGCCGCUCUCCCAGUCCUGUGUCAGAGGCGUUGUUCAGAUCUAGGAGGAGAUCUCUGGGAGACCUUAGCGAUGAGGAGCUGAGGAUAACAGAGGAAGAAGAAGGAAUGAUGUUGGAGGAUGAACUGGAGCUUGGCUUUUCUGCCUCACCUGCUGGCAGCCCUGUACACAUUGAGCGACAUGCCAUGGAGCAUGAGGAAAGAAGGCAUGAAGGUAGACAUGAGACUGUUGAGGUUGCUGAGACAAAGAAGAAACGUACCAUCUCUCAGUAUAUGAGGAGGAGAAGGUCACUGUCACCCACUUACAUUGAGCUAAUGCGUCCAGUUUCAGAACUGAUAAGACAACCACAUGCUAGGCAUCCUGUGGAAGUAGAGGGAGAGAUUGUGGGGAGGAGGUCCCCUACCCCAGAGAGGACCCGACCACGUUCCCCCAGCCCCAUCAAGUCAGUUGAAAGAUCUUCACGCUCCUCUUCGAGGUUUGAGCGGUCUGCCCGUUUUGAUAUCAUGUCCCGUUACGAGGCCAGAAAGGCUGCUCUGAAAUCUGAAAGGAAGUAUCAGGUGGUCAGUCAGACACCUUUCAGUUUAGACCAUGCCCCGCGUGUCACUGUUAGGAUGCGUUCUCAUCGUAUCCCAGUUGGUCAAGAUACAAAAUUCACCCUAAAUGUACAAGCUAAACCAGAGGCUGAGGUCACGUGGUUCCACAAUGGAACUGCAAUCUCUGAAUCCAGUGAGAAAUUCAUCUUUACCAACAUGACUGGUGUCUUGUCCAUCACUAUUCUGGACUGUCAGGAAGAAGAUAGUGGCACGUAUCGCUGUGUAUGUUCCAACUCUAAGGGAGAGGCUUCAGACUAUGCUACCCUGGAGGUGUCAGGUGGUAGCUACACAACUUUCUCUUCUCGCCGCAAGGAUGAGGAAGCGCCCAAAACAUAUGUCCCUGAAGUCACUCGAACAGACCACUACCACAUCUCCCACUUCAAAGCUGGCUAUGCUUCACAGACCCACUUUGAGGUAGAAGAAACCAAAUCUAAGUUAACUGAAACACAUGAGGUUUUCACACAUGAGAGAUAUGGCGCCUCCUCUGAAAGGUACUCCUCUGCUGAGAGGUAUGACUCAUCUAUCAAGUAUGCUUCUGCUGAAUACCUGUCAUCUAGUUCAUCUUAUUCAUCUGACAAAUUUUCUCUGAGUGGGAAACACACCACAUCUGAAGCUAAACUGAAAUCAUCUACCACUGCUGGUGAUGAGGAAGUUUCUAUCCAGAAGGCAAAACUUUCUCUUCCAGCUAGAAUCCUCACUAAGCCUCAGUCUGUGACAGUUGAGGAGGGAGAGACUGUCAGAUUUACCUGUGAUAUUGAUGGUGAGCCUGCACCCACUGUGACAUGGAUACAUGAGAGCAGAACCAUUGUCUCAUCCCACCACAUUCAGGUCACCACAACUCAGUAUAAAUCCAGUUUGGAAAUCUCCUCUGUGACAGCCUCCCAUGAGGGCAGUUACACAGUAGUGGUAGAGAAUUCAGCAGGCAGACAGGAAGCUCAUUUUACUUUAACCAUCCAUAGACCAACCCCCAAGCAGGAAGUUAAAAUAGUCAAACCCCCUGAGCCAUCCGUGAAGUCACCCACUCCCAGUGUAAAGUCAUCUGCACCUUCAGUCACGUCCCCUGUUCCCUCCACAACCUCUGCUGUUCCCAGUGUGAAGUCACCAGAGCCUAGCACCAAAUCCAUUGAGACUUCAGUUACAUCACCAGCUUCAAGUAUAAAAUCUCCGGAACCAAGUGCAACAUCUCCUGCUCCAAGUGUGAAGUCACCAACACCAAGUGUGAAGUCUCCUGAACCCGAGGGGAUUAAGUCUCCUAAGAGCAUAAAGUCUCCUGAACCAACUGCACCUUCUCCUGCACAGAGCUUAAAAUCACCGACUCCAGGUGUCAAAUCUCCUGAGCCUGAGGGACCUAAGUCACCACGAGGUCUAAAAUCUCCUGAGCUACGACUCAAGUCACCACCGCCAACUAAGACCCUGGGGACUGGAAAGUCACUGGAAUCUGAGGAAGUAAAAUCACCCCGGGGUAUCAAAUCUCCAGAACCUACAGGAAUCAAAAUGCCAAGAGGUGUCAAGUCCCCAGAACCUCCUGGACUCAAAACACCAAAAGGCAUCAAGUCCCCAGAACCAACAGGCAUCAAAUCACCAAGGGCUCUGAAGUCCCCUGAACCUGAAGGGAUCAAAUCACCACCCAGAAUGAAGUCUCCUCCUCCCACCAUGUCCCCCAAGAGAGUUGUAUCUCCACCCACUGUAAAAUCCCCAAUCCCAAAACCCCCCAAGGUCACGAGUCAGCUAACAGCAGAAGCCUGUGAGGGGUCAGUGAGGAUGUCCUGUGUUUGUGAGAGCUCCGUCAGAGAGGUGGUUUGGUAUGUCAAUGGGAGGAGGCUUUCACAAAGCAGUCACCUUGAGAUGCACUAUUCUGAGGGUUCUUGCAGCCUUGUGAUCCAUAAUUUAACAGACAAUGAUCAGGGAGAGUACACCUGUGAGAUGAAAUCAGAAGGAGGAGUAUCCAAGUCUUCUUUCAACUUCACUGGACAAGUGUUUCAGUCAAUUCGCAAGAAGAUUACAGCUUAUUGUGAACAGCAGCUGGGACUUCAAGGAUCAGUAUUGAUGAGUCAAAAGGAGUCAUCAUCAUCCUUGAGUUCAUCAGUGAUGAUGAAGAAAGAAAUCCAUACAAUGGAGGAGUCGUCUGCCUUUUCUUCUACUUCCCAGCAGGCAGUGAUGUCAUCCAUGACAGAUUCCCGCUCCUUCAGUAGCAUGGCAGCUGAAAUGAAGUUUGAGACCAUGUCCAUGUCCAGCAUGUCCUCCGUGUCAUCUGAGGCAUAUGCCAUGAGCUCCAGUAGCCUCAUGGAGAUGGCCUCCCACAUGGAGGGAUCACUUAGAGCUCUUGGUUCUGCUCCAAGGAUUGAAGCUCUGCCAGAGGACAUCAGCAUUGAGCCUGGCAAAGUCCUGACAGUCGCCUGUGCCUUCUCUGGUGAUGCCAGACACAUUGAGUGGUCGCACGACGGCAAAACGAUUGAGUUGACUGCUGCCGGACGCUUCCAUAUUGAGACCACUGAGGACUUGACCACGCUCAUUAUCACUGGGGUGAAGGAGGAGGAUGCUGGAAGCUACACCCUCAAACUGUCAAAUGAGCUGGGAUCUGAUACAGCAACUGUUCACAUUAGUAUUCGAUCGGUGUAAGAAAAAAAAACAACUCUUCAAAACUUCCCCUUUUUCCUUUUCUCAUGCGUUUUUAUUUAAUCAAGCAAAAGAAUCUACUUGAUAAAGAUCUGGAUUUCUGUUCUUGUAAAUAUGAACUAUUUUUGUACCUAUCUUGACAUUAAUUUUUGCCAAACUAGACUAAAGUCUAAAGGUGUUAUAAAAAUGUACCAUAUUGGAUAACUGUGACUUAGGAUUUUUGAUCCAUUAUUCUGUGACAUGUACAUAAUGUAUAUAGCCGAAUUUACCGGUUAUGGGAAGUGUAUGCAUUGUUAUUUAUGACAAUAAUAUUAACUAAAACAAAAUGAAACUGUAUAUGGUUUAACAGGAGAAAGUUCCAACAGGAACGAAUACUCUGUUAAACUAAGAAACUAAACUUUGUGCCUCAACGAUAAGUUGAAGUCUUAAGAUUGCCUCAACAGGUAGAGAGGCUCCCUGUUGAUGUUAACUCAAUCAGAGACAAAACUAUGAAUAUGCUGCUCUAGAGAGCAGUGCAUUAGCAUUGUGAAAGCAGUGUGAGAUCCUGAAUGCUGUUUGCAUUUACCCUCAUGUAAGCAGGAUGACUGGACCUCGCACUCCGACUGAUUCUGUCGUACUGCUAUUUCACUGACGUGCUCAGAGUGCAAGCGGCCUGCACUCCCUGAGCACAAGUGUUUCUUUUAUAUUUUGUGCUCUGCAUCUGGCAAACAACCACUGAUGAGACUUUUCAGUUGUACCACCAACCUGGCCAAUCACUUUAAAUAAGAGUCCCUCCUGUGCUUGUUUGCAGAAACAGAGCUCUCUCUUGGAGGUAUGCAGUGUGUUUGUGUGUUAGUUUUUAGAAGUUCUCCUGUCAGUCAAGGUGGGUGCGGCAAAGCAGAUGUAUGAAACCACCUACUGCUGCGUUCAACAACAAGUCCCACAUGUCGCCCUGCAGUUUAAGGGUUUGAUUGAAGUUUGAGUUGUAGUGUUGACUAUUUUCGCACCCUCCUUGAGUCUUUCCUCCAAUUAUUUCCUUAAUAAAGCAUGAUUAUCAGCACUACA